UUGAUUGAACUUUUUUUUUCACAAAUUGAAUCCCUGAAUGCAUUUUGUAUGUGGUUUGUAUAUUGCUUUUGUGUUAAUGGGGUGAAUGAUAAUACAGAAUAAUGUUAAAGUUUUAGCUCCAAUCAUAUUUAAAUAAACAGAUACUGAUCCAGAUGCAGACAGGCCAGACUUUAAAUGUACACGAUUCAUUUUUUAUGACUACAUGUGUGUUUGGGGGGGAUUUUUAAAUAAUUCAUUACAUGUGUGUAAGUUAUUAAUGCAUCACAUGUGUGAAUACAUGUGAUAUAAGCAGCGUCAGAACUAUGUUGAUGUUAAAAAACCUGUGAGUGUUGUUUUGAAAGCUGUAAGCAUUUGUUAUUUCUGAAAAUAAAAAAAGCCAAGAAGUGGUGAUGGCAAACAUCCACCAAAGAGAGGCUCUUAUUUAUGAAGCAUAUGUUACAGAUCAUAAAUUAUCAGCCAGGCGUCACUUGGUGGUCUGUCAUUAAAGCGUGUUUGCAGUUUAUGAUCCUUUCCUGAAUGAUGACUUUUGGGAAGGAGAUUUCUCAGCAGCACAAGAUCCAAGAUUGAAGAAGGUUGGUGAGACAUCAUAUAUUCUGUAUGUUUGUGACUGUUGGCUACUUUCUCCUGUAGUUUCUCGAUGUUCAGCCUGCAGCUCAUCUUUUUGCAGCCUGAUGAAACAUGAGCAAAGUGAAAUCCAGCCUGUUGAUUUUGUCCUCUCAUCAUCACACUGCAAAAGAUGAAGGUCCGCUUGUUGCCUCUGUGGCUGCACCCCCUCACUCCACCCCUACACCACCCCUCUCUUCAUUUCUCUUCCCCGCGCGUGUGUAUGUGUUGGUGUGCGUGUGUGUGUGUGUCAGGGAGUGUGUGCGCAUUCCUUCGCAGGCAGCGGAGCGGCAGUCGGAGGUUGAGAGUCCGCGCAGAGAGGACACACUCGGGCAGAAACCAGCCAUCAGUGUCGCCGUUACAACACAGGGAAACAUGCAGGUAGGACACAAAUUUAAUCCCCUUCUCGUUAUCUUUCAUACAAGCACUCGACAGGUUGAAAUAGGGAUUUAUUUUCCCUUUUACGCACGUGGUAAAACCAAGAGGCGCCUGUUAAGUUAAAUCAACAGCGUGGAUCCGCUCUCCAGGCUACUUGUUGGCCAAAUUGAUGCUUUUGAAAAUUCUUCCACAGUCACCAGAGGCUAAUUUGCUCCCACUUUUUUCCAUUUUAGCUGAAAGCUGAGUUUGUAAGUGAAGUUAUGUAAUAGCAGCCUUGCUGGAGGCAGAGCAGGAGAGAGACGCGUCUCUGCAGACGGUUUCCAGCAAAGUGUCACUUUGCAUCACGUCUUCUCCUCCCUCGCACUCCCGUCGAUUUUACGCGUGUUUCUGUGGACAAUCCGCGAGAUUAUUUCUCACUGUGUAUGUGAGACCUCGUCGUGUGGCUUCAAGUGAUUCACGCGUGACUUAAAAAUCUCUAAAUAGAGUCUGGUGUGAAAUCCUCACAGUCUGCCUCAAAUCCCCAAUUCCAGGAAGAGGAGGGAGAUUGUGUUUGUAAUUAUGCUUGUGCUUGUUUUCUUCAAAGCAGAUUGUAAAUCUCAGAUCAGAGGCAAAUAGACAGUACAGAGGAAGGCCAGCCUUCUAAAGUGACUCUAACACCUUGGAGGCACCUCAUUAAUGCGCAGGGGGAUCUGUCCAGGGUGAGUUUCCCCCCUUAGAGAAGGUUCCUCAUGAUUGGCUGAACUAGACUAAAAACCUGAUGCAAGUAUGCAAGUUUUAAAGCAGACUGCAGGUGCCCUUGACAUGGGCUUGCACACAGGAGAAACAGGGCUGCAGUCUCUCCCAGUUUCCUUAUCUAUAUGUGCACAGAUGCAGACAUAAGGGCACUGGCUGAAGGGGAAUAAUCUCCUCCUACACACACACACACACACACACACACACACACACACACACACACACACACAUGCAGACACAAACAGCUGGAUGGAUCUCUGCAAGAGCACCUGGUUUUGUCAUGUGAGGGGGGUUCUGGAUGGAUUCUGCAGUGAGAGUCAGAAUGUCCCUCUUUUAACAAUAGGGCUUAUCAUCAAUCACUCUAGGAGCGGACCUGCCAAUCAGCAAAUCCAUCCAUCAAUCAAUCACACAAUCAUAAUCAGCCCCAGAAGCGUUUUGUUGCUUGCGUGUGCACUUCUUCGCAUCUUUGGUUCAUCAUAGUACCCUUUUUGUGGUGCGUCGUUGGUAGGGCUAUUUUUGCUCUUUUAAGCCGCAACAGCUGAUUGUCUCCAUCAUGGAGGAAUCUGUGAAGCGUUUUCAUGAGUGAUCAAUAAAUGGUGGAGUGUGCAGAUUGUCAGCUAAUUGGAAAAAAAAUGGGCACUAAAAGCACUCACAGCUGAUGGCAACACCCUGGAUUAUCUUUUUUUGUUGAGAAAACACAAAUUUACAAAGAUAUCUUAUUUACUUAAAGAGAAAACCAACAAAACAAAAAGAAGUAUUCAGUUUUGAGAAGACUAAACUCGGCAGGUUUGACUAUUCUUCUUUCGUUAUAAAACUUGUUAGUCGAUCCAUUAGUUACUUGAGAGACCACAAACUGAAAUUUCCAUUAUACUUUUACUUGUAGAAUAAAAUAUCACAAAAGUAAACAGAAAAGAAACUGUAGUUUCUGCUGAUGAAUUUGCUCAGUCUUAAGUUGUAAGUGGCUUUUUAAGCACGUUGUCUGUUCAUGUUUGUUAAUGUCAAACAUCAGCCGCAUUAUUAGCAGCAGUUUGACGUCCAUCCGUGUCUGACUGCAGCGGCUCAGUCCUGCAAACAUGUUUGAUUUUUCCUUUUUCUUUCUGCUUGUUGAAAUGCAGGUGUUUGAAUUACACCCUGCUGUGAGGCGUCAGGGUGCCUGAGGUUUGACUCUGUGACUCAUUUCAGUGUGUUUUUAGAGAAGAAUGACUGUGAUCAAUGAGGUUUGUUGCUGCUUUCUCAUUCUGAGUCAUUGUCAGUACAAUUUACCAAAGAGUUCCUGACAUAUUCUUCUGCAUGACAGCAUAAUGAAUCAGAUUUAUCUUUGGUUUAUGAUUAAAAAAAGGCACAGCUCCUUCCAAGAAUAGCUUUAUGUUGAAGAUCUGAAUGGAUUUGCUUAGAGAGAGAUCCAGUAUUCUUAUGAUGCUAACAAGCGUUGUGUGUGUGUGUGAAGCCAAAGCCUGACAGAGCUUAUCCCUCUGAGUAUAAAGCUGCUGUUUUUGUCCAAAAACACAUACAAAAAAAUAAAAAAGACUAAAUGAGCCAAACUGUGUGCCAAGCAGCAUGUUGCGUCUCUUAAAUUAACAUCAGGGUGGUCCGAUAUGAAAAACUGUUUCUUUUUUAAUCAUUUUUCCUGGGACUUAUUCUAAAGCUGCAUGAGUCAAAGCAAUUUGGAUUAAGAGGGGGGAAAACUUACACAAGGCCAAUGUGUGACUGAAGAUUUUGUUUAUCUCGGGUCUGCUGAACAAUGCACUUCUGAACCUGUCUGGACGUUACCCAAAAGAAAUGCAUGUGAGGUUACAAAUAUCUGACUCAGUUUAUGUGACUUUGAACAUACGCCUUUUACUCAUCACAACUCUGGAACCAAGUUUGGCCGUCACUAUGUCUUUGUGCUCGAGAUUACACCGCAAUAUUGGUCCUAGAGUAAUUUCACAUCACGGCAAAGCAGGAGCGCAGGUGGCUUGUAAUCACAAAGUUGGAGUGCCACACAUGCAUGCUCUCAGACAUGAGCUGCCGGCUCUGACACUACACAUUUCCAUCAUGUUCCCGUCAUUUUGCCUCUGUUACCAAUAGAGGAUCAGAGGCUGGAUACCUCUGCCCCCCUCACUACACCUCUAUGUUUUACACAUCGCGACAAAGUUUAACAAGAGCGUAAAUAAACUGCCAUGGAUUGGCAGCAUCUAAGAGCCAAUAGUUUACUUAGUUGAACCCCUAACGGCUGUUCUCUGUUGGGCUAAAUGUUGCUUUCUACUCUUUCCCUCAACUGUAGGAAUACAUAGAAAACAACUUGUAAUGCUUCCCAUUAGCACAACAGUUGUCAUUGUGAUCGGCGUCUGUGAGAGGGCAGUCUAAAGUUGGACAUGACUCCUGAGAUAUGGGGCAAAGUUGGUAUGAUGCAAAACUGGCUGCGUUUACAUUGGCAAAAAUAAUCGGAAUACAAAUGCAUCAUGUAAACAUGUUGAUCGGAAGAUUCUGAUCCAAUUCGGCUCAAUCAGAAAGAAAUUGUAUUACGAUCAAGAGGGAUGGUUUAUGCCGAUCGUUAUUCCGAAACGCAUCCAUGUAAUUCCGAUCGUGACUCUCUUACCUGACUCGGUCUUCACUCUUUAUUUACUGAGGCCAGUUCAGGAGGUUUCAUUAUUAAAUCUUUGGUAUACAUCACAACCGCAGGUGCCAUUUCUGCGCCUCCGGUAACAUAACAAGGCGUACAUACAGCGUAAUGAUGUCACAUCUGCACGCACAGUGCAACCUUUGACAGAACAGUAAAAUAAGUACGCAAGGGCGCCAUCUAGUGACAACAUUUAACAAGGGGAAAACUCCUGAGUUUGAUGGAGUGAACCAUUACCGCGUUUGUUGGUUUGUUGACAGCACAGACGUAAAUACAACUCUUCCUUUGCGGUUGUUUUAGCAAAAGCAGACAACUCUGCGCACGUCCAAACGCUUCUAAUCUGAAUAAAGCUUGGUGCAUGUAUACGCAGGUCAUGAUCGGAUUAUUUGAUUUUGCACCCAUAUAAAGAGUAGAUUCAGAUUAUCUGAUCCCUCAAAUUUUUUAUCGGGUCAAUAAAUUUUGCACGUGUAAACAUGGCUACCGAGACCAAAGGUUUGUUACCUGGCAGAUGGUCGAGCACACUCAGCCUCCUCUUUACUUAUAUGUUCCUGGCCCAAUUCAUGUUAGCAUGACUGUGUGAAAAUGACAUGUUAAGAGUUUUGUUCAUUUGUUCUUGUAAAGGACUGAAUUUCUGAGUUUUAAUCUCACAAACAAGCUUCUUUACUUUCAUAACAACCUCUGUUUUAGUUUUCCCUUUGCCCAAGGAGAGAAAAACAGAAGCUCAGAAACUCCUCUUCUUGGCAUUCAGAGAACUCUGCCAGUUCUGGUUGACACCUUCAGGUCAUUUUACUCAGCAAGGAUUGGAGAUGAGACACUAAUCAAUAACAGACUUGCCCUUUUAGUUUAUUUGGAGAUAAUCUCAAGUAUGAAGCUUAACUUUUACCUGUGAUGAAUAUCUACUGAACAGCACAUACUGCAUGAGUACAUUUAAAGCUGCAGUGCCCGAGUCUUUCGGUACACGGCUUGUAUUUCUCCAGAAAACCCUCUACUCCCUGACUUACUCCAUAUAGACUUCAGUUAAGUAGAUACGACUCUGGCUGUAUAGGUACAUCAAUGUCUGCUGUUACUCUUUACUUGAAGGAAAAGAGGAAGUUAUAUGAGCUCUGAUUGACAAAGCACAUGGUCUGAUCACGUACAGUUCAUCUACUCCACACUGCAGGUUAUGUCAGGUGUAAAUCUUGGAUGGCUCAGGUGUGGGAGUGUUGACAAUAACAACAGGAUAGGAUGUCUUUUUUCCCCAUUGUCUUAUUCUUGAAGCUGUCUCCCAUUUCAUGUGAGCUUAAGGAAGCAGCUUUCUUUACUUAUUUGUACAUGCAGGUGGAAAGAGUAACAGCAGGACAGAAGACGUUCCAGCCGAGACAUGUGUGAGAAGAAACAUUAUUCAAACAAUCACACCAAAACAACCACAGUUUUCUUUAUCACUUAUUUAAAAGACAAUAUAGAGAAAGCUAAUAUUUUGUUGCUGUUAGACAGAAACCUUACACCUUCAUAAAGGGCGUCCUUAGUCACCAGAAUUGAUGAUAACAGACUUUUUGAAAAAGUGAUCAGCUCGUUAGCAAGCUAGCUUGUAGCAGCCCUCAUAUACUCUUUCAUUCCUGUACUGUUUGGUUCGUUUUUAAAGGACUAUUGUCCCCUUACUCCUUUGGUCUGGGUAAGUAUGAACGAGCAAGCACAUCAUGGUCCGGAUCAAACAAACGGACCAUGGUCCUCUUGAAAAUGUAGGACUCGGUCCCCAUCCAAACGAACCAUGGUCCGGUCCACGGCGGGUGUGAACGCAGCGCUGAUACAGCCAGACUUUUUAUAUGUCGAUAUAAACCAAUAACACAUUUACACUGUAAUAAAGCCAGGAAAUUAUUCCGAGAUGGAGGCUGCAGCAGACGGAGAACAGCCGAUCAAAACACCGGACUGUCCAUAAAACUGGACAAAUGGCAGAGGGUAUCUGUUCUAAUACAGUAGUUGGGCGAUAAAUAUGAAAUACAUACCAGGGUGUUCUUCUGUUCUUCCUUUGCAUUAAUGGCGUCCCUUUGCACGUCUCCACCACCUCUGGUGAAUUGUGUGAAGCACGACGCCUUUUGUUCUGUCUGGUCGGCCACUCUCUGUGAGUUUGAGACAAUGAAGAUUGAGCCCCAAAUGAGCAGGUGACAGACAGUGAUUUUCCCUUGUAAUUUUCCCUCUUUUUGGUUCGCUUAGCAAAAGUCUUAUGUGAAUGCUCACUGGACCAAAUGCAAAAUGCAAUGAUGUAAACAUUUGUUCCCUGAUCCGGACCUUCUAAGAGGACUUUGGUUGAGAAAGACCCCCUAGAGAUGAUGAGACUCUUUAGAAAAUUGACACUCAAAGAACCGUGUGGAUAUAAAAACAACACUUGCAUCAGGUUACCAAUCAAAUGAACUCUCAUACUUUCUAAGCAUCCGUUUACUUGUUUUUUGUUUUUUGUUUGCUCAGAUUUAUAGCUUGUACUUCAAAAUAAUAGCACAGUUUUACCGUGUGGUAAAUAAAGCCAUCUACAUGCAAGACAGAGAAUAUCAAAAUUACAGUAUGACAAACAAUCGUUUUUAUGUUCUCUCCAAACAAGUUUCAGUCACAGGGAUGGUGAUGAGGAUAAAUCACAGAUCUGAACAUCAUUGGAAAUGGAUGAUAGAAGAGAAAGUUGAUUGUGUUUGUUGGUAAGAUCUCUGAAGUUAUGGACUGUUUAUGCUGUUUGAUUUUCAUUUUUUUUUACGUAACAAAACUAAGAUCUUUCAGUGAACUUUUCCUUUAAGAAGCUCACCUGGUGCUGCAGUUUUCCACGCAUUGCUGUACGUCAAUCAAAGCAGACACACACACACACACACACACACACACACACACACACACACACAGUCAGAGUACACACAGAUCAGUGACACUACAGCAGACUGGCUGACGACAACACACACACACACACACACACACACGCUUUGCUGCAUGUGAUACAGUGUCUGAGGGAGCCACCUGUUCAAUAGGUGGAGUGAUUGGUAGAUUUGAAUAAUUGAACAGCUCUGGUAACUGUAUCCUUUAAUGUGGGAGCAGGGAUAGGAGCACACACCUCUGAUCCAACUUCAGGACCAAACACAGUUUUCCUCCACAGCACUGCAGUCAGACUUUCUCAGCUGAACUUUAUCAAACUGUAGUUUAAUUUUCUCUGGGUUUCAGCUCCAAUACUGAAGCAAAUUUAUCACUUCAAAUUAGCUGAAAUAUGGUCCGAAUAGAGAAUUUCUGUUUCCCAGCUUAAUUAGUUGUGCUCUUUAUACACACACACACCAACACAAAAAGCUGAUAUGCCUCUGCGGAGCAUUGAACAGUAUAAUAUCGACCGAUGGAGGUAAAAAUGCAGUGAUGUGAAAAUCUGCCGCUGUUAAAUAUCAGCCACUAAUCAAUUAAUGUUGUCAUGUUCAUACAGCAGAUCUGUGAUAUCUGUAGAUGUGCUUAUUGACCUGUACAGAGUAAUAUGACAGGAUCGAAGAGAGUGAUCAGAUAUGUUUUGCAUACUAAGUGUGUGACUGUGUGUGCGCCUGUGUGUGUGUGAGGAGAAAAGAGGAGGAGCUGAUAAUUGAAACAUGGCUCCUCCAUCUCCCAGAGCCUCCCCAGAGUAUUAAUUCUUUCUCCACAUGAAGGCUCACACAUCAAUAUAAUACUCUUUCUCUCUUGCUCUUUCACGCACACAUACACAGCGUGUAGUCCAUAUGGAAGUGCCAUCCUCCCACAGACACACUGAUUCACACUGACAGCCAUACUGAGGGGCUCAAGCCGUCAGGACACAAAUAGUAUCAGCUCUCAGCCGUCAGCUCGGGUGCAGAUUCUCUUCAGGGUGCAGCAGCUUCAUGUUUAAGAGCCUGACUCUGCACAAGCCCAUAUUGUAUACAGGAAAUCCACACGAAGAGGUUUCUCCCUGUCAGUCUUCCAGUCAAAGUUGGAUGGCGCCCGCCCAAAAGGUAUCAUGCGUCCAUUAUUAUCCAGAUUUCAAUCCGUCCUCCAGUUUUACCGUCGUUUGCCAACUUUGUCUUGCUCUAAACUUUAUUUCCUGCCUUCCUAUUUGUUGUCUGACCUGAUCAUAUCAUGGUUUUCUUUAUUUGUUAAGAAGUGCUUGACGUGGAAACUCUAUUGUGUUGCAUAAGAUUGAAAUUAAAACCCACAGAUUAGCUUGUGUAACAGUCGCUGUUACACAAGGCAGAAAAAAGACAGAAAAUUAGAAAAGUUUACCACUGUAAGAGUCACAGUUUGAAAAGGCUUAGUCCAUCAGACUACUUUGUUGGUGAAAAAAAUCAGGGUUUUAGUUAAGCUAAGAUAAGCCUUACAGUUAGAGUUCAUGAAAAGGACACCAACUGCUGUCAGAAAAAUAAAAGGAGAGGAACUAUUAUAAUCUGUGGUCAAGUCUGAGCAAAUUUGGACCAUCUAGUCAAACAUAAAAGCCUCUGCAUUAAGUUAACAGACAAAGCUGUAUGUAUGCUUACUUUUGAGCCUGAGAGAAGAAGGGAAAAACAGGUCAGAUGUACCAGAUCAUGUGUUUCCUAUAAGUGUGUGGUCAUCUUUAUUUAAAGUUCUUGCAGUCUGUAAACAGUUCAAUCUUUGAUACUCCCGGUAUGAUACACUGGUUCACUGUUUACAGACACCCUACAGCAUCAGCAGGUUUUUCAAGCUCAGAAACUUUAUCCAACAGUUUCCACAGGCUAGUAAGCUUCCUCAUCAGGAGUACACUGAUCUUUGUGUUUCAGUUUCAUACAAUGUAUGGUCUCCAUUAGGCUUCACCAUUGUUACUUCAAAGGACUGCACAUUUAAACUUAUUUUUAACCCAUAGGUUUUACCCGACUGUGCCAUCUACUUUUAAAAUCAGCCCUGAACCUUGAAAUACUAAAAAAUAACACACAGAUGACUCAUUUUGGCUUCUUUACGUCUUUAAGUUUCUUUAAGGGGUAAUAUAUAGUGAACUGAUGGUUAUUUCAGUUAAAAUCCAAAAAGGGUAAACAUGUUAACUUUAUAUUAUUCUGUCCAUCAUCCAGCUGCUGACUCAUCACAUAAUCAAGUUGAUACAAAAGUGAUUGAAGUAUUAUUUUAUCAAUUUUAAAGAUUAGGAUAGUCAUGGUGAAUGAGACUACUAGAGUAUUUGUUUUCAUUUCUGUCUUUAUUUACCCUUCUUCUCAUGAGCUUUGCAGUGGAAACACCUUUAAACUAACUUCAGGGAGCCUAUUAUGUCCACAUAGGAGCAGAUCCCCUCCCACAGAGUCUGUCAUCUUGCACCACCGUGUUUCUACCAUCGCACACGAGGAGCAAACUAGUUACAUUCAAGUGCACUGGUAGGAGAUUAGGAAGAGGAAGAGAGUGGUUGUUAUGAAUAAAAUUAAUCAAGAAAUCUUUGAUUGAAAAACUUGAUGAAACAAGGAUUCUACUUAAAAUUCAGGCCCUAAGCUUCUUGUCCUUGAGGGCCACUGUUGCUUCACCAAUGGGAGGGAUGAGCAAGGGAGCAUUUCAGUCUAGAAUCCGACUGCUAGACAUCGCUAAAUACAGCAUUCCAAGCACUGUAAACCAAGCGCAAGUAAAAUCAUCUACUCGCUUAAUUUGAGCGAAUCUAGACACGUGAAUGAAUACUAUUUACUUGCGUCAUUUGCACAUCAACGGUGAUUUCAACGGCAAUCUCUGCCAAUUUAACCGGCGAGAUAAAGUGAUAGACAAACGUUUUUUACAAUUUACCUCCUCACUCACUUGCCUCCAGGCGAGCUCCUUUUUAUUCCAGUUUUGGUGAUUGAAAGAAAAGGUAUCACAUAAUUCCUGGCAUCCACAUACUGACUCGAUCAGUUUGUCCUCCAUUUUAGAUACCAGUGAACAACCGUCCAUUUUCAUAUGUCACCCGGCAACCUUGGUGCUGAUUAGUUAUGUCAACGUGAAUACCUGCUCAAGUUGAGACAUUUUCAGCUCCCGUCCAAUUCGUGUCAUUCGCACUGCCAGAGUAGUAGGCGCGUGCAAUCGCAUCUUUGCAUUGACUUAACAUGUAAUUCAUUUGCACAUAUGAUUUUACUCACACUUGGUGUGUGAAGACAGUAACAUUACCGCCACAAUCAUUACUGUAGCGCUGAGAUAAAGAUGCUCUCUCCAGCUCAGCUGUCGUCACCUGGAUUGCAGGACAGAAUCUUGCUCCACUCUCAAGACCUGCUUGAAAUGAAUCUGUAAUUUUUGCCACAGUGUGAACAAGCAGAAAUGAAAUAUGCCUAAACUCUUUUCUGGAGUUUGAUUUGAUAUGAUCAGUUUGUCCCUAAUGCUACUUUUACUGUUAAUAAUUAAUCCCCAUUGUUUUUUGUUUGAAUUAGAAUCAAGAUUUUCAUCGAUAUGGGUGUCGAAUACAGUUAGUAACCUCCCAAUCAGUGCCAGUGCUCACUCCUGUCUCACAGAUCCACAAUACAAAAACACAAAAACAGACAGAAACACUAUGAAACACACAAUGCUACAAAAGGCAUUAUGAUUCAGAAGAAACACAAAGAAGGAUGUUACAGAAUAGAGGAUAAUGCUUCAAAGAAAUGUUUAAAAAAACAAUAUGACGCACAAAAAAAAUCACAGAAAAAUAGAGGUACCAAAAACACAGACGCAGAAAUGCUGCUCACAAAGACACAGUGGAAUUAGUUCCUUAACAUCAUCUCAACAAAACCAAACAAGGAAAAAUCUUGACUUAUUUUUCAACGUCACACGUAGAUUUCUGUUUUUCUUGUUGCAGAAACCAUGGCAACAACCCAUGACAACGACAUGUUCAUCACUCUCUCUUGUCAUUUGGAAAGAGUUUUCUUUGCUGGUUGUUGUGCUGGCAGUGUGCACUUCAGUUUGUUUGACGUGUUUCACAUUCAAAAGAAGCAGAUCACUAUUUCUUUAGUGUGCUGCAAAUCCUUAGAUUUCUGUCACUCUCCUCCACGUGACUUUGUGAAGAGCCUGUGCUGUGUUAUUUGCUAGUCCACAAUCAGAACAAAGAUGAGCGAACUCUCUGAGCGGAUGAAUAGUCGCUGAUCUGAGACCAUCUCUGUCCUGCACACAGCUCAGCUCCUCUGUAAGACAUCCCCAGUGGUUGUGUUUAUGUGUGAGGGUUUUAUGAAGUAUUUACUGUAUUUUCCCCCUUUUGUACUGUCACUCUUUGUCAUCACAUCUUCUCCUCCUCCUCACGCCUGCUCUUUUCAUUUCUGUACAUAUUCAAUCAUGCACACACACACACACACACACACACACACACACACACACGUGCGCGCACUGCCCCACUGUGUUCCCUCCUUUAUAUUUAGCUCAGUUGGUAUUCUUGCUUUACCUGGAGCAGCCUGGUGACAGGUGACAUUAUGGUAAGAGAGGAGCUUGAGAUGUGUGUGUGUGUGUGUGUGUGUGUGUGUGUGUGUGUGUGUGUGUGUGUGUGUGUGUGUGUGUGUGUGUGUGUGUGUGUGUGUGUGUGUGGAUUUGCAGUCCAGGAAAAAUGGAAGAGGAUUGAUCGUAAAAUAAAUAGAAAGAAAUGAAGAGGUAGAGAGAUGAGGGGAUGGCAGAUUUGUAUCGACAUCCUGGCAGAGAAAAACAACAAAUAUUAAUGGGGACAGCUGAUUAAACUAAUGUUGUUUUCCUUUGUGUGUGUGUGGGUGUGUGUGUGGUGUGCGUUAGUGGGUUUGCCUUGUUAUCCUCCCAAGUAAAUUUGGGUAAGACUUUGAAAUGUGGACAGCUAGACUCUAAGUUUCACAAAGACAAGUUGAAGUUAUAACAGUAAUAAAGUUUUGAAAGGACAAGAUUUAAUGGGAGCUUAAUGCUGAUUUUAAUGGUGAAUAUAAACCUAGCUGCUCGCUCAAAUACAGGGUGUCCGGCUGAUCUACGACUGUUCCCAGCCAUCAGUCCACUAAUAAAAAUAAUCUCACAAAAGCAUUGAUGACACAUGGACUAGACACAGGCCCUUAUUGUACAUAAAAAAUGACAGAUUUUAUAAUAGAGUGAAUGAUUUCCUACAAAGUUUGUGGUCCUCUUGCCUGGUUUAAGUCUUCUUUACAACAAGAUGAUCCCAAUCCCAAUCUGAGUAAACUGGGCUUUAGGGUGUAGCUGCAAGCACUCAGUUGAGCUCUGAGAAGUCCGCUGUUCCUUUUCCUGAUAAGAAUUGUUGUUUUUCUCCUUCCAGAGUCAGCCCAUCUGCUAAAAUCACAGUCGAGUAUGGAUAUAUGCCUGCGUGGUUUUAUCAGGUGGCAUCUUGUAGCUUUUGUCAGAGCAGACAAAAACACCUCUCAAUCCAAUCUCGCACUUCUGCUUGUGUUUUUUUUUUUCUGUUUUUUUUUUUUUGAGUUUGAGAAAAGCUCAAAAACACCAUCUUUCAAUCUGUCUGUACAGAGAUCACACUUAGUGCAGCCCAGUGCAUAUCAUUUCAACAUUUAUGUUCGGAAACAUCCUGUUCUGGCUUUAAUCUGAACUUGGAUGCAUUGUUUUUGUUUGAUUGCAUUUUGUUGGGAUAAUUUGAACGUUAUCAUGCGGUAUGAUAGAGCCGCAGGAUGGUGUGUGGGCGGCUGUUUAAUGCGUGACAGAUGUAAAAGGAGGAUAUAUUUAGGUGUAUGUAUGUUCCUGUGCAUUUGUAGCCCAGAGGAUUUAUAGAGCGUUCGCUUGUGUCUGGAGGCUCCUCUCAAGAUGUACCGUGGGUGCAUGUGUGGUCGUGUGUUAGAUAGUGAGGGUUUCCUUUACCCCUUUGCAGUCCAGACAUUUCCGCACAGUAUAUCAUAAACUAAUAGUGUUAUAGAAGAUAAUUAGUAUAUCGUUUAGCUGUGAAAAGGUGUGUGAAAAAUCUAUAAAAAGUGUGAAUUAUGUUCCUUGAUCUCAGAGGAACCUGCUCUUUUAACUGAGAUUUUACGUCGUAAUAUUAGUCAGGCUUUUUCACCAAUUUUGAGAACUAAUUUAAGUUAUUGUACUGUUUCAUUACCUGCAUGCAAUCUUGCACCAGAGUCUGGGAUCCUUUAAAGUGAGCCAGCUAGUAAUACGAAGCGUCAGAGAAAGCCUGUUAGAUCAUGUAAAUUGUGACAGGUUACUUGCAGGUUUUAGUUUUCAAGGUUGCUCGUAUUCUCGGGUAUUAAGUGCCGUCUUUCUUCAUUUCUGAAACUCAGAGAAAAGCACAGAUGUUACGUGACAUAAAGGUUACCGUGACUCGUUCAGAGAGUUUUUAACAUCCUCACUGGCUGCAGGGAUUUGCCCCGGAGCAGACUCUUAGACACAUUUUGACCUUCAGGAAGCAGCCGGGCAGAACAGAUGAGUUUGAGUCACACUGAGAAAGAGAAAAAAAAGGCUGAGUACAUGUGAGCUUUUAGCUGAACAUGAUAAAGACAGAGAGAGAGAGAGAGAGAGAGAGAGAGAGAGAGAAAUGUUGUAUCUCUGCGGCGGCCUGUUUAAUGUUAAUCUCAUAUAACUUAUUAAUGGAAACUCCCAUCUGCUAAUAUGACAUAACGAGAUGACAUUUUUUUUCUUUCUCUCCCUCUCUUUUUCUUUCAUCACUCUCACUCUCUCUCUUCUUUCUUUGACUCCAUUAAUUUUCACAUCCGUCUGUUAGAGCGUGAGAAAAGUUUCAACCCUAAACAAAGGAUUAUAGGUUAUUUUUGUUAUACUCUAAUGAAAGAAACUGUUGCGGUAAUACUUCUAUAUUACCAACCACCCAAUCUCCAUCCAUAAAUUAUGGACGAUCAAUGGAUUUUUCUAAAAACAAAGAAGCUCAAUCAUUGGGGUUAUCAGUCAUUUCCACAUGGUCCUGAGUUUGUUUUUCAAGAUAAAACCAGAGAGCAAUAACACAUCAAUCAGCUGUGUUAGAAAUACUGUAGAGAAGGGGGUGGCUGAAUAUAAAAGGCUCAAGACUCAGAAAGAAAAGAUGAGAACAAAAAAUGUGGAAACCAUAAAUGAAUUCAGCCCUCAAAUUUGCCUGUAUCAGUUUAGAGGCAAUUUAGUUCCCUAAUCAUUUGACACAGAUCAUAUUAUUUCAGUGUUAUUUCCUUCGUUUUGCAGAUAUUGAAAGUAGGAUCAAAAAGUUAAACCUCCCUAAUGUCAUUCACAGUUUUUUUUUUAAAGGAAAAUAAUGCGUCUGAUGAAAAACAAGGCAAUGCUAGGCAUUACAUUUUUAUAAGAUGCACUUGGACUCUGUGAGGAUUUCUCUUUGAUGCUGCAAGGAAACCUCUGUGAUCACUAAGUGCUUACUUUUAGCUUUAGAUCUCCAUAAUGUAUUGGUAGUGGCAAUCUUUCUUCAGAAAUCCGAAAGUAGUCUUUAAAAGAGUAAUUUAAUUUGUCAGCCAUUGGGAAAAUACCAAAUUCAUGAUGAGCACGGCUGUAGAGAAGGGUAAGAUUUGUGGGAGAAAAACCUCUUUCCCUGAGUGAUGCACAUUCAGUAGAGGGAGAUUUGACUGUCAGUACAUCUCAAGAAAUAAACUCUACAAAAUCUGGAGCGGAUGCCUCACACGCUCCUGUCAGAUACUUCUUGUCAAAUCUUCUGCUUCUGCUGUUAUUUAACUGUCCAAUUUGGAGAAACUGGAAUAUACUGACAAUGUUGUCAAUCAGUGCUGUGUGAGUGAAGCUGAACCAUGCAAACCAAAGUCCUAAAUAGCCGUGGCACUGUAGUGAACAUCUUCAAAGGUGUAGUCUUGGCUUUUAGGCCAUACAUGAAAAAAUGAGACACAAUUAGACAGCUGAUUCAAAAACUAAUGACAGGAUAAGAUCAGAGUCAAAAGAAAAAAUCAACUUCAGUCAGUGCAGUUUUCUUUAUUAUUUAGCUGCUUCCACUGUCAGAUUGUUAUAAAGUAAAUGUUGAACUCUUUGUUUUGUUUGUGUGAGAAUUUAUCUUACGUCUCAUAUUUGAGUUUGAUCUCAGGAAGAGUUUGAUGCUCCUGUCUUUGUAAAAGCUUGUAGUUGAGCGGCGAGUGCUCUUGUUCUUGUCUGUUUUACAUAAUUUUUCAAAACUGUGCGCAGUAAAUCCUUCACUCACAACAAUCAAACUGUGGUCCUUAGUUCUUACCCAUUUAAAGUAUCAUUCUUCUGCACUUUUUUUCUGGCGUCACAUUUGAGUUCAUUUUCUGACUAACUACUAGUCUGGUAAGAAAAACUAAGAAAUGUGUCAAAAUUAAGUACAAUUUAUUUGACACAACAAAACACAGGACCUUGAGUCUCGGGGUAAACAAUGUUUAACUGAUUUACCAAAUGUGGUUUAGUUAGCAGCACGAGCACCAUCAGCCUCCAGUUUUUCUUGAAUUUUAAAGCUCCUAUAAGGAGUUUUUUUUACAUUGAUGAAAUAGACAAAAAUUCAUAUUAAUACGUCCAAGAAAACAAAAACAUUAGCAACAAGAUUGAUGAUUUUCAUAUCCUAAUUUUAAAUGCCUUUAAUCAGUGGGAAAAGGAAGGUAUCAAUCACCCGUUUUUACAAUUUUAACUAAAUGAUUUACACUAAAUUAUAAAUUUGACCGUCAAAUAUCAGCAGGAUUAGAUUAUUGUUAAAAGCUAGUGCUUAAGCAUGUAAAGGACGAGAUAAGCAAAGUCUGCUUUGUCCACAGGAGGCGCUAAAAUUAAAAUAAACUUAAAGUUCUUAACAGGAACUUUAACAUUCACAUCCCUUAUCUUAUUGCACAUUACUUCAGUCUAGUAUUAAUGCGACAGUUUUACCAGGUAUAGUCAAAUCACAACUUUCUAUUUUCUAAAUCAAAGUACUGCCAAACCACACUGGGCUACUAGAUGCCAUUUGCUAUCUGUGCUUGUUUAAAUCAGAGAAGAAGAGCAUUAUAGAAAACUGGAGCUGCAGUCCGAGUUAGUGGAUCUGCAUAUCAAAAUAUCAGUAUUUCCCCACAGACAGGUUUUAAAGGCACAGUAAGGAGUAAGUUGGUUGAGAAUCACACCGAGACUAAUUCCAAUGUCUCUUUAUGACUUUAAAAACAAAGAGACCAUAAGCAACAAGAAUGAUCUUCUCUUUGUUUUAUUUUCUUAAUGCUUGAAAUCCCUGAGUGUCAGACCAGCAGGCUGAACAAACAGCUUUUUGAAUUUGUUUUCAUGGCAAAAACCUAGAGUGAAUUAUACAUUUCAUUAUUAAAAGACAACAGGAUGAGGCUCUGGACUGAAAAUGUUGUGCUUUUACAUGUGCACGACAAAUAUAAGAGGUAUGACUUUGCAGACAGGGGGCACCAGAACCAACACAAACCAGAAGUCCCUUACAGCAGCUUUAAGUCUAAGAUGUUCAUUAGGGGUUGUAAAAGAUUGUUUUAAUUCAGUCCCAAACAAUUUAAAGGCUUUAAACAGAAUCAGAAUCAGUCCUAAUAUGAUUUUAUUUAGACAGGAGUCCCAAAACAAGACUUUAUACCAUUGCUGUUGAUACUUUGAGGUCAACCCAACUUCCCUUAAAAAGGAUGAUAACAUCUGCAAAAUCGCUGCUUUUUUAUGUUGUCACUUUAACAGACCAAAGAUGGGGCAACUUCAUGUUAUGGGGGCAGAGUUUACACUUUAUGUAAACAGCACACACGGAAACAACAACACGGCCACUGAUUUUUAAUAAUUUAAAGCAAAAGUGCAGCAGUGUGCACCACAUCGCUGCUCUGUGUUUACUUUGAGCAUUAAGGGUAUAUGGUCUAUCAUGGUGAGUGUGUGCUUGUGUGUGUUUCAGAUAACAUUGUGCAGGCAUUAAGAGAAGUUGCUGCCCCAGGACAAAGCUAGCUGAAGCGUUAAGAAAAAACACGAUUUAAAAAAAAAGUGGAAAGCCUGUGUGUGUGUGUGUGUGUGUGUGUGUGUGUGUUGGGGGGGUUGUCCAUUGGUCCAUAAACAACCAAAGCAGUGCUGAAUAUUCUCCUGUUUACUCUGCGUCUGUCCGCAUCUGUUUGUCUCUCCGACUCUCAUUUUUCCAAUUUGUAUCUUUCGGCUGAAACGCCACAUGGAAAAACAAUUCUUCCCUCUAAAUUACAUCUCUGAAGAAGAUGCGAGUCACUGCUGAGCUCAUUUCCUUAGUCUUUAACUCCUCUCUGCUGUGCCAGCGUUGAUCUGUGAAUAAAUAGGUGUCUGGAUAAAUGGGAGAGUUUCCUUUUCACUGUGUUGUCAUCAUAUUAUAAGUCUGUUUUUGUGUGUAUGAGUGUGUUUCUUUGGACAAGUUCACUCUCCUCUUCUAUAUUUUCCUCUAUGUAGUCUUCUUCCUUAUUUUCUGCCCUUUCCUUUCUCACCUUUCACUCUUUCUUCAUGUAGAAGACUUGCAGAAAAACCUUGUAAAUGUAUUCCUGGGCAAAGAGCGCUCAUAUCUUUAUCUCCUCCACCCCUCUGUCCUCUGGCUGUCCUUUUGCUCUCCUCCUCUGAUAGGCCAGUUUUCAUUAUGCUAAUUGACUUCAGUUCUUCCAGGAACACGAGCUGGGACUUCUUCUUCUUCUCACAUUUUCUUUUUCUGCUCCCUCUCUACAUUUUCUCUUUCUAAUUCUCCCUCUCUACCUUAAAGUAAAGGAUUUGCAUGGGCAGACUCCCAUGGGAUUAAAUAGCCGUUUAAAAUCCGCUGUGUGUUUGUAUGUGUGUGCACCCUCCGCCCACCUCCCUCCCUCUCUCCCUCUUUCCUCCCUCUGUCAUCCUUUGCUUUCCUCUCCUCCCUGCAGAGUAAACAGAGCUGCUGUUUGUUCUGCGUUCACCUCUUUCAUCUUCCUCCCCACACUUGCUCCAGUCUGCACAUGUAUGAGCGUGUGUUUUUCUGUGUGUGCCUGCAUGCAAAUGUGUGUGUUUGUGUGUUUGUGUGUGUGUGUGUGGUUUGCAGGCACCCAGCAGGAGCAGCUUAAUGGAGCUUCUUGGGAAUUUAAGAAAAAGACAUUCUGGUUAAAUCAUCGCUGAAAUGAUGCCGAGAUACGAGGAGAAAGAAAUUGAAAAACAUAUUAGGGGGAGAAAAAAAAAACUUCGAUGUCAAGUUUAUUUUCUGCGAUGGAGGAGGAUAAAUGCUGAAUAUGAAUGAGUUGGAGAGGAUUGCUCUUGCAUAAUAAGAGUCAGGAUGAUGAAUUGGAGCUGAAUGUGAAAAUGAACAAAAACAGACUUUUUAAUUCAUCUGAGGGGGAAGAUCUUUCAAAGAUGUGAUUAACUCAGAAAUAUUAAAAGCCCCCUCACCUCCACCCUGAUUUCCUGGAAAGCUGAUGUUGAGUUUUUCAUCUUUAAAGCUGAUACCCCCCAGAAAAUCUGUCUCUGUCAACCUAUAAAGUCAACUCAGGCCACCAUCUCUUUCAACUGAUCUGAAAAUCCUUUCUCAGCAUCAUUUUUCUCUGUCUAUAGAUGUUUAUGAGUGAGUGUUUUUGCAGCCAAGCUCUUCUAAUCCAUCCUAAUAGGGACAUUUUGAAGACCAUAUGGUGAGGAAGCAGAAACUGGACAGCAUGUUAAACGUUUUCAAAUACAAGGAUGCAAAAGCUGUUCAAACAUCUGAUUACUAAGGCAGUGAAUUAGUGAAGUAUUAUGUGAGGACUGAACAUAAAUAAGGAUGAAAAAUCGUCACAAUGAAUAAAGUGACCAUCAAUCAUCAUUCUCACAUCAUCUCUGAACCCAUCAGUUGUCCUUUCACAGCCUCUGAGAGCAAUGGGUCUGGGCAGAGGUGUGUCCAGAGGGGUCGCCGGGGUAGCACAGGCUCUCUAAGGUACUUUAAACAUUUUCAGUUUUGCUGCAAAAACUUUAAACUUAUUAAGUUUUUUUGUCUAACUUCUAGUAAAAAAAAAUCUCAAACUUAAAGCUCCUGUGAGGACCUUUCAGUUUAGGCAAUGUUGGCGCCCCCUGUGCACAAAGUAGUCUUUGCUGAUCUUGUCCCCUCCAUGCUCAAGUAGUUUUCUGACAAAAAAUCUCGUCCUGCUGAAUUUUGACUGUCAAAUCUGCCAUUAAUUGUGACCACAGACUGUAUAUACUAUGGACAACUUGGUUCCACCUCCCGCCUGCAUACGGUUUUGAAGCCAAAAAGCUCUCUGUAUUUCCAUGAUUUUUCUUCAUUUCCUGAAACCAACAUUGCGCAGUAGUAUUGUGCGCAUUCGGCGGGAGAGUUGCCAAGAGUUGCUGCGAUGACGCUCAGCUCAAACAGCGUAUCCCUGGGUGAGCUACGCAAUCCCUGAACGCCCAUAGGCUGUAUCAAGUGUCAAUCAUAGAAAAAUGGAGCUGUACAGAAAAAAAGAGGACUUGAGCACAAACCAGUCUUACAGUAGCUAUAUGUCAACCUUGCAAGCAGGGGGGAAAAAUAUAUUCUGUGAAAUUAAUUUCUGAAGUUUGUCCACAGCUCCUAAGCUUUGUUGCAGGAGAUGGGAUUUAUGACCUAUACUGCAGCCUGUCACCAGAGGGUGCUGUUCUCAGAGUGGCUUCACCCAGAGAGGAGGCAGACUCUGUCCAUUCUAUACACAGUCUAUGAUUGUGACUGACUAUAUCAAAAAUGUAAAAACAGGGCUGUUUAGCUGCUCGGCUGACACCAGCCUCCAUGUACUGGUUUCAGGCUGUACUGGUUUCACUAUAUAAGAAUUGUCAGUGCUGUCGCUGAUGCUCUUGUUGGGCAAUUUUAUGAAUGUUAGUCUCUUUAGGAGCUUUAAUACAGUAUAAAUCACAUUAAUCUGACAGAGCUCAGGCCAGUUUCAAAAAAACACACAAGCCACAGCAGAGUCAAAGAUCCUCAACACGGUCUGGGUUCACAUUAACUGAAGUGCCAUCAGGGCUUUCUUCAGACUUAUUUGUGCUAACAAGCUAACAAGCUCACACUGCUCCUUCUCUUACUUCCCUCUCUACCUUGUUUGGCGACAGCUGCUUUCCCUGUUGCUUGUGGAGUUUUUGAGAAGAGGCCAACUUUGACUGGUGUGUUUAGGAACAAAAAGCAAUAAAUCCAGAUUUGUCUUUAAUAAGGUGGAAGAGACAGAAAACAGAGGCAGGGAAUAAAGAGCGGGUCUGUAAUCAGAGGGCGGACAGAAAUGCCACUCCAAGCAAACAGUAUAUUUACAGCAUUUCGACUGUACAAACAUAAGACAACUUUUCACUGGCAUACAUACAGUUUAUGUCAAUGUUGUGUUUACUGCUGUUUUCACCUCUCUUAAUAGGCUUAAAUUUUUUUUUAUAUUUAACAACAUAAACCUCAAUUAAAAAUUCUUAUUGUAACAAAUACAAGUCAUCUCCUUCAUUUCUCCUCUGAAUAUCCACCUGUCUGUCCAGGAGCUUUCAGCUAAAUGUUGCCAAGUAAAAGAAAAAUCUACAUCACAGAGGAAAUUUCGACACAAACUUUGCAGAAACUUAACUCACAAACUUCUCAAACACAAGGAUCUGUGGAACUGAACUCCUCUUGAACCUCUCUUAAGUGUUCGCGAAAACCCUCCAGAUCAGAGGCUAAUAAUAUUUUCCAGGCACAUACAUAAUCUCCUGCUUCAUUUAAAGAUCUCUGCCUGCGUUCUUUCAUUUGCAUAUCGACCUGAACUUUCUCUCCACCUUCCUCCCACAUUCUCCCUGCAGGCUGAUGGUAAGGUGGUCGAUGGCAGCCUGCUGGGGGAUGCUAACGGCGUGGAGCCUGCGCCUGGCAGGGUGAAGGACUCCGGGAAGUGGCAGAAACCGCGGUUCUCUCGGAAAGCUCUGAUGAAGUGCUGCCUGGUAAAAUGGAUCAUCGCCAGCACGCAGCCACAGGACAAAGGUACAGAGGGGACGAGGCGGUGGAUGUGGAGUGAGUGCGAUGUCUGGCUGAAACUGAUGAUGUGGUUAAUGCACAACAAGUGUGACUAACGGAGUUUGAAUUGAGCCCUGAAUUGACUGCUGAGACCUCUACUGGCCUCUUGAGGUCCCUGUGGGAUCCGCUGGCUCGUUGACCUCAGGGUCAAGCCCCCACAGAUCGUUUAGUCCAAACACUCAUUCAUCAAAUGUCCACACAUCCUCCAAAAACCAUUAAUUAUCUCUGCAAAGGCCUCAAGUCUCUAAACCUCCCUCCUUCUCCCUCUGGGUCUCUUUUUAUACAUUAGAAGAGCACACAGUCGCUUCACAGAGACAGGGCUCCUGUCCUCAUUUGUCCCUGGUCUUGGUCUCAGUGCUCCACCAAGUGGUCCAGCUGUGACUGUGCACAGUUAAUCUCAUGCCUGCAGGGACUGAGAGUGAUGAAUGCGCUUAUAUACUGGGAAUUACUGGCACUUAAAUCCACUGAGGUUUUAGCUUUUAUUUAAGCAUUUUCUUGUGUGUUUAUUUGAGGGUUUUAACUUGUGAUUUAUGUCAGGAAACAACUUAGUGAUAGAGUUUUAGCCACAGUGUAGUCCUCUCUUCCUGUCCUUCUUGUCCUGCAUUUCUUGAUCGUCUUCUUUUAUACAUGCUCUUGGCUUUCUUUGCUUUACUUUCCCCUUACAAUUAGUUCUUCGUACAGAUCCUUCUUUGUCUAUUUUGCUUCUCACCUACCUUUGCCUCAUUACAUCCCUACUUUGAUCCUUUGUUAAAUUCAUUCACUUCUUUCUUUCCUCUCUACCAGCUCUUGUUCCUCAUGUCCAACCUGUCCUGUUUAUCCUGUUUGACUAAUUUUUUCUCUGUUUUUCUUGCACUUUUUUACUAGCCUGAUUUCUCUUCGUCAAAUCCUAGUUUCCUUUCCUAUAUCUACUUGUAAACUCCUUUUUUGUUGGCCUAUCGCAAUCCUCUUGUCCAUUCCCACCUCCACCUUUACUUGUCUCCCUCUCUGCUUCUUUCUGUCCUUCCUUACCUCUUGCUAACUUGACUUGUUUGCCACUUUUCCACAGCUUAUAUCUUCACCAUUUCUUUUAAACUUUUCUAAAUUAACUAACUCGUUUCCUUUCCUACUCCUCCUUGUCCAAAUGAUCGAUUAUAUAAAACAUGGAAAUAGUGUCAGCGAUGUCACCCCUUUGUUUCUGAAGCAGAAGUUUGAAGCAUAUUGGUACAUUUCAUUUCAUCGUAAAAAUCUGAGAUAGUUGUUUGUCCCACUGGAGCAUCUCAGAGCAACUUCAGCUUGAAAUCCAUGAUGGUAGUCCCCUGCAUCAACAGUAAAAUAGCUGUAUUCAUAAUGAUGUUAGUAAUAGGGUGACCAUACGUCCUCUUUUACCCGGACAUGCCUUCUUUUUUAGGGGCUGUCAGGGCUUGCAGGCUUUGUCCAGCGAAGUUUAUAAAAUCCUUCAACUGUCAAUGGUUUUGUACAAGCGUUUUGAUCUUGUGUCAUGUGGACUUACUGAGUUAGAAGUAGCUUUCUGCCCCCAUGGAGUCGUGUUCUCCUUUUGGGAAGUCAGAAUAUGGUCACCCUAUUUAAUAAGCAGAUUUGUUGUUUGUUUUGUGCAAUGAAAAUCAACCACAGCAGUGUUAUCAUUUAAAUUCUACGCGUGUGCCUGUGGUUAUGUUGCUUUCUCUUGCAGGCAACCACAUAGUGUUGUUGUUUUUGCGCGGUAACAGUGCUAAAAACAACAACAACAACAGGAGCUAAUGGCCAAACAACUUUCUGACUUAUGCCUGGAACGCUGUCAACUCAAAUACAGCGUCACUCCUAGCUCUGAUAUCCAACUUCAGGGGUAACUGAAACGCGCCAUUUCAUGAGCAGUCACCUUUUUUGGUCCUUUGUUUGGUACUUUUUCUCACCUUCCCAAUUUGCUUCCAAAAAGAUAAGAAAAACAGCCACUUUAAUCAAGUCUAAAACAAUUGUAAUAUCUAAAAAGCCAAGUUUGUGGAAAAGCAAGCAUUACAUCAGACCUCUAAGUGAGAUUUAAUUAGACCAAAUGAGAUGGUAUUUGUGACCGGGAUCUUCUUUGAUGUCUGAGGCCAGCUUAGCCUCACGCACCGUGUGAAUGUGAGCCCUCAUCUGGUUGUAUGAGACCUGCCCUUAUCAAACCUAUCACGUUUAUCACACACACACACACACACACACACACACACACACACACACACACACACACACACACACACACACACACACACACACACACACACACACACACACACACACACACUUUGUAUCAGGUUUGGUUUGCCUCUCUUCUUUCUUCUUUGGCAGAAAGCAGUGCCAACACACAACUUUAACUUUAGCGACUUUCUUAAGCUGAGUGUUGCAUUAGCAGCAGCAGGUUCAGGCAUUGUUGGUCCAUAGUAUUUCACGUUCUUAUUUUUAACUUCUUGAAGAUCAUCAAUAGUGUCCUCCUACAAUUCAUAACUUCUUUUUAGUUCAAGUGGAGUUCAAGUAUUUCAGACUUUUGAUUGCAGUUUCACUGAAGGGGCUGAUUGUCUGAUGAAAAAGGAGUCUAAGAAAAAUCUCCAACAAUCACUGAUAGCAGAAGAUAAGUGGGCUGAUGAUAGGAUCUAUUCCAUCUCACAAAGCCAAGUGAAAAGACAUUCAGCUUCACAGAGGGGAGAAGCCCUCACCUCGGUAAUGGCCAGCAGCUAAAAAUAGCAGCACAGAGACGGAGGUGUUUUUCAGACAGAAGAAAGGAGGUGGUAACUAAAGUUGGAGCUGGGAUUCUGUCUUUAGAGGGAUUGAAUUCAGAAGAAAUAUUGUUUUAUUUGUGAGUGAGUGAUUUAGUUUUAGUAAUGUAAAAAAGAAAAAAGCUGCACUGAGUCAAGGGUUUGCAGACUAAAUGCAGAUGCAGUAUAUCACCAUAAUCAAUCAAAGACAGAAGUUUAGCCUCCAUGACUUUUUUUCUUGGCACUGAAUGUAAUACAGAAUUCAUUUUAAAAAUAAAGCCUGACCUUCACUUUGAGGUGUUUAUUUAUUUAACUAGAUUGGUAGUCUGUACAUCAAAUGAAAGUUUGUUGUCCAUUCAAAUGCCCAAGAACUUAUUGGCGGUAACACAUUUCAAUGUGUUUACCUUCAGCAAUGCAAAUAUUAAAUUCAAGUGAUGUUACAAGUGAGCUGUUGGGAAGACUGUGCUUGAAGAAUUCAAAACUAGAUUUUAAUUCAGUCGACUUGUUUGUAUAGAGUGAAAUGCUGUCUGAAGCUCCUGCACUGCUUUCAUAACAGAAGGAUGUAAGGGUUUAGAUAACGCUGUCAUCGGCAUAGAGGUGUAUUUUUGCUUUAAAGUUCCUGCCUAGAUUAUUUACAAAAAUAGAGAACAGAAAGGGUCCCAAAAUAGAACCCUGUGGGACACCUUUAGUGACCUUAAGAAAAUCAGAGUUACAGCUCUUCAUAGAUACACUGAGUUCCAUCUGUGAUACAAUUUUGACAGGGAACACAGGAGGAACUGCACCCUGUCUAUCAAACCCUAAGUGAGGAUCACUCUGGCUGGCACUAUAUGACUGACAAAUGCAAAAUGACCUUCACCCUUUUUCACACAGCAUCUUCACACUUCUUGUUUUGCCCAGCUUACCAUGGAGAGCUCAAAGAUGCUUCAUCAACAGCAAUUUAAAGUAGGAAAAAGAGCCAGUCUUCACAUCGAAGAGUCUGGAACAAGUACAGUUUCUUUAUACUUUCUUCUCAAGUGUUAGAAAAGUAAGAAUUUUUAAAGAGCCUUUGAAGUGAGAUAUUGCACUCAGAGCAAAGUUUAAUCCCUGAAUUAAAAGUAUCUUCAGACUGCAAUCACGGUGAUAUAAUGAGGCAAGGAGGGGGGAAACUGAGAGACAAAGACGGGCAGGAUGAGAAAGACAGUGAUACUAAGAGUGUAAUAUGAGUGGGAUUAGAUAUAGAAGAAGAGAGGGAGGAAAGGAAGUGAGCAGUUGAACCGUCAAAUAUUUCUGCGUCAGCGUAUCUCUGCAUGACUUCUGAGUGUCAGAAAUGAACUUCAGAGGGCGAGCACGGAGGAGCAACGCCGUGGCCUCAUGAAAGCUGAAACAAGAGGAGAGUCAGCUGGUGUGUGUGUGUUGUGGUUAGUCAGGGACGGUCACAUGAAGCUUUAGGACGAACCCAGCAUCAUGCGUUUCAUUUCACCUCCUCUGAGGGAGCAAGGGCAGAGGAGAGGAGAAAGAAAAGAAGAGGAGGAAAGGAGGAGGGAGAGGAGGGAGAGAAGAUCACCUGUAAGCCAAGUGGGGCUGAAGUUUCAAACGAAGCUUUAAAGUGGUUUGCUGAGAGAACAAGUCGGCAGCAGAGCCAGGAAACUGGACUUUUGAUGUGAAAUUUUAAUUUGACAAUCUCUGACUUUUCCUCUUUUCUGUUUCACCUUUUGGAUGAAUAGUGUCAUGGAUAUUGAUUCUUGAGACAUCCAAGUUUUCCUAGUUCAACUUCUUUUUGCACUGUUUAGUGUGAGCAGCUCCUGUGGUCAAAGUUUAGAGGAUGAAUUCAUGCAAAGCAGAGUGCGAGAGUGAGAUCCUAAAACUGCUGCGCUGCUUCUUUGGCUUCAUCACCGGGACAGUCAUCCAAGGUAUUGUCUCUGUUUUACUGCUGCUGGUUGUUGGUCAUAUUUUUAACUUCCUGUGUCCAGGUGGGGAGUUUAUUUCGUGUGCAUGGCUGUAUAGAGUGUGAGAAUAUCCAUAGGUUAUAGAUAAUUACAUGAGGUAUAAAUUUAAAGUAGAACAAAGUGGAAGUGAAAGUGACUAAAAAUUGAGCAGUGUUUAUUUCUGAGUAUUGAUAUACAUUAUAAAUACAUCAUAUAUCUGAUCUGAAUUGACUUCAUUUGAUACUUCAUUUGGAGGACUUGACUUUUAGUAGAGUAUUUUCACAGGAAUAAUCUGUCAUUAGCGAGUGGUUACUGGAUUUAGAAUGGUGACAGAAUGGGCAAGACCCCAACACAAAGCGACCAUGUCACAUCGUGCACCAAUUUAGCAUGCCGAUAGAAACUCGUGUUUUCGCUACAGUGUUCACAGGCAGAGGUGAAACAUACCAGACUUUUUUUGUGACGAUUUGAUUAUUGUGUGAUCAACUUGUCCCUGGUGUUGAUUUUGCUUUCAAGACUUAUUGUUGUAACCAGGUUUUGACCAAUCAGAAUCAGGUAUUUAACAUAGCCGGGUAGUAACCCUGUUGAAAAACUGGUGAAAUUGUUUCUUUUUUCCAACCACAUGUAGCAUUUGGUUCUCCUCAGUGACCAGUAAGAUAUAAUCUGUUUUCAAUUUUAAAAUUUCCUUCAUUUGUUUUUAUCUUUUUUCAUUUAUUGUUGUAUAUUUAGUUCAGUUUGUCUUUUUACAAGUCCGUCCUUGAGUCAGCCUAUUUAGUGUCCUUCCUGUCAUCAUUGAUUUGAUGUAAGUCUAUAUCCUCUGUCCUCCUCCUGCGUCCUUUUAUUGGGCCAUAAUCAAACCUCUGAACAGCACUAUAUGCCCCUCUUUUCUUCAUCUUUAUUCUCUGAAUUCAUGCUCAUUCUCCUCCUUUUAUUGUCUAUCCAAUUAUGUCUGCUGCCCAAAGUGUGCUAGGGAAACCUCAGGGUGCAGUCUUUACACGUCCACUUUCAGGAGGCAACAGGCGACCUGAUGCUGAAUGUCCUCUGCAGGGGAAAACAGCCAUGGUCUGCCUCUUGUCUUUGCUUUGCUCUUAUUUUUGAAACUUCUCUAAGACAGUUCCUUUGAACUUAUUUAUAAUGGAGUCACGCUCAGGUAGGGGUUCAGGUCUUUGGGAUCCAUUACUCAACUCUUAUUCUGCCUCCAGCAAUGUUUUCUCACAGAAUGCAGCGAAAGCAGAGGAAGGGCAGUGAAAAAAACAGCGGUGAUUGAGGCAUCCCUGUUUUAAUUAAGCUACAGGGUUAGCUUUGAAACCUGACUGGCUGAGGUGGUUUUAUAAAAAGAGGAUUAUGUUGUGUGGAAGUGAGACUGUUUUGGUUUUAAUUGGAACAUAUCAAGGAGUCGAUGAGACGAGGCGGAGAUAGCAGGAGAGGGAAAAUACUGAACGCGCUGCCAUCUCUCCCCACUAAUGACCAGCUUUAUAUUCAAGUUUCAUUGCAGGGGCUGUACGGGGUGUGUUUUUGUGUGUGGAGAGGACACAAAAGAGAAGGGAAGUUUUUAUCUCCAGUCUCUAGUAUUUGAUGUCAGGGGACAUGCAGGCACUAAAAAGACAUGGUGGGAAUAUCCAGCUAUCUCGAGGCCUUCUGUUUGAUCAGCCGGCUCUGUGCUGUAUGCAUACAUUAAGAAUUACAUGCAGUCACCAAGCAGAUUUCCACUUGUUUGCAUGAGUAUGACACAGAUUUACGCAGAAUAAGCUCAUGCUGCAGUCUUUUCCUAUCACAUUUCUUUGUGGGUGUUGUUGUACCCAUGUAUAAGUUGUUCCUCAUCAAUCAUUACCAAGUGAGACAUGGAAACUGAUGAUGUGUGAAACCCCACAGCAUCCACCGAUUGGUUUGCAGCUGAGUAAGCUUAUCCUGAAAUAGUGGUAUCAGUUUGAUCCGUUUUCUCAUGUUUCAGUUCCUUCUCUUUUAUCCCUGGUUGUGAAUGGAGCUAAGCGGCGCUGCUCUGCUGAGUGUUUUUUGACGUCUAGCACACUCUGGUGAGCAUCAGAGAUAUUACAUAGCUGCUGUGCUACAAGACUGUUAUGCUUUGUGGGGCUGCAACUUAUAGUUCAUUCAUUUCUGUAAUAAAAUUAAUAAUUUGGCCUUUGAAAUGACUAAUUUAUUAUUUUAAAAUGAUAUGAUCAGUCGAAAUCCUAGAAAAGGUGGAAAAAGUCAAAAUGUCACGUAACUAGACAAAAUCAUCAAUAGUUACUUGGAUUUUGUGAUGAAACUUCAGACAACAGGUUUUUUUAAACACUAUAUAUGCAUAAUGUUCAGUUACAAUAUGACCAAAAAACAAAAACAAAAACAAAAACUAUUAUUUGUUUUUCUGUUGAUAGAAACUCUCUCACACUCAGUCUUAUUUAAGACUCAAGUCCAGCAAUAAAAGCUCUACCUCAGACAGGAUUACUGUAAAUAACCCUUGUGGUUUGUUAUAAAAAGAACAACCACCCACAGUUGUUACUGGAUGUGUGGGCAGUUAAAACAUGCUCCAUUAUCCUCUAUUUGUCAUCAACUGAAACAAGGAAAUACCCGACAAUAUAAAUAAAAUUUUGGCUUUGCAAUCAAUAAAUGUGAUCAGCUUCCCAAAAACAUCAGCUGUGGUUUGUUACAUGAAUGACUGCAAGUUUUGGGAAAUUCAUCUUUUCAUGAUGUCUAGUCUGAGGUUUGUCAACAUGUUAGUCAGAAAGUUUGGAAGAAUUUUGUUUCUAGUUGCAGGAGGUGAAUCUCUUGUGAGAAGUUUGGUGUUGUUAGAAAAACAAACUAAAGUUAAUUCUGACCAUGCUGCAUUAGCUGCAAAAAUAAAAAUAAACCACAGCAUCCGCACGAUUGUUUAUCUUUACAUAUUUAUUUAUAUUGUGUGUACAGUUGGCUGCAGAGACUUUGUUUACAAUUCCCACUGCAAAAAAAGACUAUUUAAUGCACACAGGCUGAGAUCUGAAAACACAGUUUGCUCAUGUGUGGGACAAUUACAUGCAUGUAAUUGUCCGCAGAGGACCCCACAUUUUGUAUACACAUAGGAGCAAGUCCCCUUUCAUGCUGGCCACCAUCCUGCACCUCUGUGUUGCUACAGUAGGACAGAAUGGACUGCAGCUGGUCAAAGGGUGAUCUUUUGUCAUUUUUUUUCUGUUACUUUGGUGUCAUGCUAUGAUUUGACUGGAUGGAGCACAAAAGCGUGAAGCUGCCUUCCCAUUCAGAGUCUUUAUGAAUCACAGUUAGCAGUGGCAGGACCAUGGCCCCAUCUGAUUGGCUAUUUUUCUUACACUGUGGGAUGCCAACCUCCCCUGACUUAUGUGGGGCAGACGUAUAUUGGUUUAGGGUCGCUGUAGUUUCACCGCACAUCCAUCAUAUAGUAUUCAGAGGGCUGCUGUUUCCUUGGUGUGAAAUCAGAACGAGGGAGAGUUGGCAGCAAAUGCACAAAAUCACUAAGUGAUUUACUGAAAUGACAACCAGUGUUUGAAAACAACAGGAGAAACGAGACUUCACUUGGUUUCUGUGAGAAACCGCAACUGACAGGAGGUUAGCUUGGUUAAACAGAAAGGCUGAUAUGGAAAUACACUGUGAUUGUCUGCAGAGAGACACUAUUAGAGGCCUUUCUGUGCCUUGAUAAGCUACAGCAGAUGAAAAAGUCAGGACGUAAAAGAGUCAAGCGUCUGCAUUGAUCAGAAGAGAGGAAGAGAUGGAGACAGAGGAGUGAAAAAAGCAGUGUGGAGGUGUGUGAUGUGUAUGAUGUGAAAGGUCAGGAGCUCCCAGGUUCAGUUUGAUCUCUUCUUCUUUUUUUUCAUUGUCACAUGGUGUCCCAAACUCAAACAGACUUAUACAUGUGGCAUCAACUCACGUGUGCGCACACACACUCUCAUAUGCUCAAACUGUAGAGGAAAACCCUCCUUUACCUGUUGGCAGUGGUCCAUGUUGGUUCUCAGGAUUUCAAGCUUUGCUGUUCCGCUUAGAGUCAGUCUAAGAAAGCUGACAUUACUGAGGUUAAAGUUUAAAAUUAGUAACUUAGCAUUUGAAGUUUCAUCGUUAGCACUGAUUAUUACAACUUGGCAUCAUCUGACCUUGAAAGUUUAGAUAUUGUCUUGUUAUUAAGGACCUUUGGCUCUAUUCAAAUUAUUUCAGAGCAGCUUGUUAGUGUUUUUAUAGUUGUUGCUGUCUCGUGGUUCAGCUGCAUUAUGGGAGCAGUGAUGGCGGCUCUCUCUGUGGAGGCUCGGAGGCGCCUCUCUCGUCCCAGCUGCCUCUCCCACAGUGCAGCCAGGUACCAUCGCUCAGGUAGGCAAUCUGAUGGUCUCAACAUUACCUGUUCCCUUAUUGACUGCUAUAUCCAUUCAUUCACUCCUGCGAUUUUUAAAUUUUUAGUGUUUAACUUUGGUGUCAAGCAUUGUCUUUGGAAAAUCACUGGAAAGUUGGUUUACAGAACUUUACAAUCCUCAUAAUUGAAUACAGUGUUGAUUGUAGGUUGAGCAGUUUCGUUGUUCAUUAGAUUGUAGAUUUUUCUGCCACUAAAGGCAAAGAGUUGUUAUGGCUCACACUUUUACAAAUGCAUCCCCACACGGUUGAGUGCCGUAUCUGCGCCUCUUCCUCUGCGGCUGCGGUGAAGACUUAAGGUGAUUUUUGCUGAUGAUGUGUCUGACUGAGAGGAAACAGUCCGAGUCCUCUCUUCCUUUUUACUGACUGUUGUGUCAGCAGGGAGCACCAAGCCUACCUUUUAAAAACCUGUUAGUGUUCUAAUGGCCUGCUUAGAGAAACAACCACACACACACACACACACACACACACACACACACACACACACACACACACACACACACACACACACACACACACACACACACACACACGCACACACAAACAAACAAACACAAACACACCCACAUACAUGCAUGAGAUAAUCCCACAAACCAUUUGCUCCACCAGCACCAAUAUAUAGAAAAAACAAGUUUUACAGGCACAUAAAUAGACCCCAAAAACAAAGAAACUCUCCUGAAUGCACCAUCAUGCACAGAUUCCUGUAUUUGUGCUGUGUGAGUGUAUGUUAUUUAGUGAGUUAACACCUGUUACCUGAUCCACUUUUCUCCACAAAGUGCUAAAUGAAUUGUAAAUGUGACCUUGAGGGUGAUUUCUCUGCCAUAAAUAUAGACACCACAGACUCUUGCUUAUAAUAAAAGCACAAAAGUAGUUCCCACGGGAAUAGAUUUAUCAUUUUAUUAUUAAUCAUUAUUUGUAUUUCUCCGAUAAAAAGCAAAAAGCUUAAAAAGAGGAGGGGGAUGCUCCACCAGCUCACCACAAAGAUAUUGAUCCCUCUCACUCCGUUUCUCCUAUCUCAAACCAAGUCAAUGCAUUAACACACACUCACACACUAACACACACUUCUUUGUUCUCCUUCUUAUCUUGAUGCAUUAGCAAGUGCAGAGUCAUCAGUUAUCUUCUUGACUUCUAAACACAGCUCCGUUAAUACACACACUCACACUCUAAUAACAUUUUUCCAUGUUAUCCUUGACCAACUGUUGCACACACUUCCAGGAAUCAUUACGUUUGUCUGAGGCAUCACGAAUAUAAUCAGAUUGUUAUAUUCAGGCUCCUCAUUUACUCCAACACUAUCUGCAGAGGAAAAGAAAGGAACAAUAUAAAAGAAACAAAGGUUGAGGGGUGACAAAAGAGAUGUUUUUUGCAGUUUGUGUGCUUCUACUUACACAUAUUUGACAACGAGCUUCAUCUGAAAACUGUAGCAGCAGCAGAAGGGAGAAUCAGCAGGGGUGUGUUCAGAGGUGCAGCUGAAGGGCAACACAAACCCACCAACAUCGUUAGUGCCCUCCUGCAAGAGUUUUUCUAUAUAAGGGUGUGGUUAUCGGUGAGGACAGGUGAUAUUAAGUUUAAAAUUCAAUGUUCAGCCUUCAGUAGUUGAUUGUUGAAGUUUUGAAGGUGAAGAAACUAUGCAACUUUUUUAAAAGUAUUUUUUGGGCGAUUUUGCCUUUUUUAGUAUUAGUACAGGGUGAAAUGUGGAGAGAUAGAGAGAGAGGGGGAGGACAUGCAGCACAUGUUUGGGGUCGCUGCUCCAGUCGCUACAACUUUUGAACCCUCCUCCAUCUCCUCACCUCUUUCCCUCUUUGUUACAGACUGGAUGGGGUAAAGUCACAUCUCCAACGUAGGACAGCAUCUUAAAGGGACAUGAGACCAUAGCCUACCUACACACAUCCAAAACCAACUUUUAUUUAUCAAUUUUUUUGACACCGAAUAUAUUGACAUGGGCAAAAUGACAUCAGUGAUUGUCGUAAAUUUUGGUAUCAGUAAAUUUGGGGUUUAUCGCCCAGCCCUAUUUCCAACAGCUCCAGCCAGACCAGCAAAACAUAACAAAAUAGACUACUUUUAAAAUGGUGAAACUUUCUGAGGAAAGAUUGUCUGCAUUGGUGAGAAACUGGGUACAGGGACUGACAACUACAGGGGGCUGGAGAUCAUAGGAGAACAGACAGAGCAAAAGAAAACCAGUUUGUUUGAGGCACGCUCUAGAUGUAUCGCUCAAUUUCCAUCCUAACCAAAACGACAUGAGGCAGUAUGUGGGAAAUGUGUGUAUCUGUUUUCAUUCAUAUGAGAGGCAAUAACAAGCCAUAGAAUUAUUGUGGUUUUUCCAUGUAAGAAGACACACAAAAACAAACUUGUUGUUCAGCAGAGAGCAUAAUCGAAAGAGGAAACACUGCUGCCUGCACUUGGGCUUCGACACACUUCCCUGCAUGACUUGAUAGACAUUAAAAAUCAUUUAGACAAUUAUUCACAAAAUAAGAAGCAACACCUUUUUUUAAGGUUACUUUCUCAGACAUGUUUUGUCUUUAUUGGAUGGGACAGCUGAAGAGGGACGGGAAAUGUGGGGGGUAAAGAGUGAGGGAAGACAUACAACCUCAGAUGAAACAGAUCUAGCAACUCCAUACUUCGGAGUUUGGUGAGUAGGAUGAUAUUGAAGACAUGGGCAUUGAUAAUGAUAGUCUUGAGGUUUCAUGAAGUUCAUUAUUAUGCCGUUGCUGAUGCUUAAGUGGUGAUAAUGACAUUGACAAAAACCCUGACCUACUUAAAUAUUUCCUUUAGUGCUGCAGGUCAGCACCUGUGUCUGAUUGCACUUGGAGAAGUUAAAGCAUUUACUCACAUUACUGAAGCAAAAUGACUAAUAAUGAGCUAACACUUAAUUCAAUGGAAGCCAAAUUACAGUUUAUAUACUUUAUAAUAAAAAUCAAUAGUUCUUUGCUUGGCAUUCAGAAACUCACAGGUCAACAAGGCAUUUUUAUGAAUUCAUUUUACCCCCCUUUCUCCAAAGCUGUCUGGUUCCCCCUGAUCAAACAUUUCUUAACCCAACCUGGUUAAAAUAUCUUGUGGAAAAGUGGAGCAGACAGUAACAACACUGAAGCAGGAAAGGGACAAAGAGGAAUUUAGUUGGGGUAGAAAUACUCAAGAUAGACAAAGUUAUGGAAACACAGGGAAGAUGGAGAGAAGAGAAACAAAAAUCUGAGGUAUAGGAGGCUCCACAAUCAGAGAGAAUAGGUGGAAGGUUUGAAGUGAACAAGGCUCUCGAGUUUUAACCCUCAGUGCUGAGUGCUUUAAAGGGAAUCAAAGGAAGAAAAGUUGCUCCUAGAUAGACAGAGGAAGCUGUAGAGAGAGAGAAAGGGCGAGAGAGAGAGAGAGAGGGUAGUGAUGGGAAAGUAUGUGCGGAGGAGGUAGACUCCAGGGGGAGGAGGUUUCAUUCCCCACAGCUCUUCUCAGUUUCUCAGGACUUCCCUCUCUGGACACUGCUGCUUAGUGCCUUCUCCACAGAGCCGAACUCUUCCAUAUCUGGAGCUGGAUUUUGGACAAACAUCGAAGUGCCCGGCAUCAGAUGAGAAACAACGCUGAACUGAUACUGUUUUAUUCUGCGGUUAAAUUAAGACUUUGUUGAAUGGGGUUUGGUGGACCUGAGGAAUACAGACCAUUCUGACAGGAAACUGCUGAAGGAAGAAGGAAAAUUUGGUGAUCAAAAACAUGUCCUUUUUGAAGAUUUGGGAAAGUUUCUCUUAACAGCUUCACUUUGCAUGCAUUUUCGUCUAUUUUACCAUGAUUUAUGGGUCUGCUUUGCAAUAUAAACUCCUAGUAAAUAUUGUGAGUGGAUGCAGCUAAAGCUACAGUAACUGUUGUUGGCUUGCAGAAAAAAAAAGUACUUUGUUGCAGAGUUGAAGUGCCAAACCUUGGCUUCGCCACGGCAUAUAAUGGGGUAAUUUAGUAGCAACUGCUAAUGUAAUCCUGCGGCUUUAUAGUACCAGACAUGAGUGGACAUGGGGAUUUUAUAUUCUGCUCUAUGAUGUUUUGUAUCGCAAUAACUCACCCGUGUUUGCUCAGACUUUCUCUGUCCUAAUGGAGGCAAAAACCUGAAAAUGGACACCAAGGCUGCACCACAUUCUUUGCUUUCCCCAAAGGACGUAUCCCUCCAAAACCAAAAUGUGAUCCCUGAGUGUAAACUAUGACGUGAGGACCCAUAAUAGCUGUUUGGAUUAAGAGGGUCAGCAGUAACUUGUGUCUUUAUCAGUCUGAGCUUCUGAGAGUUCAGGCAAGAGGAAAGUGACUCUAAACGUCUCUUUUUAAUGCGCUGUAAUAAAUGGCUGGUGACACAACCCCCAUUUUUCCUCAUGGGUUUAGAGAGGGAGGUUUUCCAUAUAUGUCAGCUUCCACAUAUUUUCCACGUCAGCAUCAGUGUUGACAUUAGAGCAGCCUUUAUCCAGCUCCCUACCCUGGCCCUCAUGCUGAGUCCCGGGCCUGGAAAUAAACCCAUGAAGUCACCCAAAUAUCAAACUGAUCCCUGAUCCUCUCUGGUAGAAACACUUGUUGUUGACUCACCUGGCUCGGCUUUCGGGGGCCACUUAAGCCUUCUUUUCAUCUCGACCCGGGACAAGGCCUUCCAGUGUAGGCUUGGCCCGUCAGUGGGCUCCCCUGUGCUGCAGUCAUGGGGAUCCAGGGCAUGGAGUUGUUUGCUAUCGGCGUGGUCAUCAUCCUUUUCAUGGCAGUUCUGAAGCAGUUUGGCAUCCUGGAGCCCAUGUCCUCGUUUGAAGGUAAGGGCCCACUUGAGGCCCCUCUAUUGCAUAACAGAAACCUGCACUGGCAUGGCUGUACGCACUUACAUCUUAUUUCACCCUAGAUUUACCUUAGAUUUGUGAAUAAACAUUAUUGUCCACAAACUGUUUGAACAUAGAACUACGUCUUUUCCAAAACAAUGCCAUUCAUCAUUGCAUAUGUAUAAGCCUUUCCUGGGUGACUCACAGUUUCUGACAAAACAUUAUUGAUGAUAAACUUGCUGAAUAACACUUAGGCGAUCAUUUCAGUGAGCAACAAAUCAUUGAUCAUUUUUUAUUGCUGAAUAGAGGGCAUUCAAGUUGGUGUUUAAGUGUUUGUCGCUCUAACUCAACUGUAAGACAUCUGUGCAGAAGCAUUACGGUUAAGUUCCCAACCAAAUGACGUAUCACCAAAUUUGGUGAUAAAACCUUGUGGAUUAUCCUGACAGGCGAAGGUUUUAAAAGACAGGGCUGUUUUUCUCAGCUCAUGAAAAGUUGACAGUUUGGAAUUUUUUUACUUUAAAAACCGCCAGCUCGAGCCAAAACUCUGUCUUGGAGGUAUUGUGUCAUGGUAGAGACUAUCCGAGUAAACACAGCUGACAGGAGUUUUGUUUAACUUCAAGUCACUGCCUUUUAGACAUGAAGGAGAAGAGCAACUUUGAUUUAACUUUGGUCAAGUAAUUAUUUUUGUGCAUGCCCCCUCCAGACGGUAGUAAGCAAAGUGUCAAAAUAAAAAAGUAAGGCCAAGAAGCAAAAUGUUAAGAAAAUAUAACAUACUUUCUGUUUGUUUGGAGUUUGGCUUAAGUUAUUGACAAUCCUUGAACCCUGUGUUUGUUGUUGGCGUCAGUGUGGGGAAAGGUUAAUGGGAUGUUUUCUUUUGCCUUCUAAGAGAUUUUCCAUAAAACCUUGAUCGGCCACUAGACUGUGUACAUUUGGGACUGUAAAAGAGCCAUCAGAUCAGCUCUCUGAAUGAUGCAGCUGCUUUUGAUCAGAGUCUUUGGGCUGGAGUCCAGCCAGUGAGAGUGCCCUCCCCAUCAGUGUGCCAAGACAAUUACAGCAGGAAGGCUCCAGCAGGCACAUUAGUGCUUCUCAUAUGGCUCGACAUCAGAAGUAAUAAAUUCGACAAAAACACCAGUUAUAUUGUUUCAUAAUUUAUCACUCAUCUCAUUUUCUCUAAUCUGCAGUUCCCUCAGUGAGCUCCCACUCCUUCUCCUCCUCCUCCCCCUCCUUCUCCUCCUCUUGCCCACUGUGGCAGCGCCCACACCCCAGUCUAGCAUUACUUCUUAUUAAUUAUACAUGCACUAUCGAACAGGCUUUCUCUGAGGCCACCUAAAUAUGGAGUCAGGAGAACUCCUCCAGGACCCUGAAGGACACUGGCCAUCUCUCAGUAGCCUCCAAAAUUCACGUCAUCAGACUUCAUCCUGAUCACUGACAUUUCACGACUUCAGCACCUCUCACUGGGAUUCACUUGCCCAAACAUCUCCUUAUCAACAUGUUUCACUCUUUGACCGCAGAGCUCUUAAACCCAGAGAUCUUAUCAUCUUGUGAUUCAAAACUUUUCAGAACUCACAAAUUUAGACGUUAUGGUUCAUUUUGAUCACUUAGAUAAAUAACUGUAUGAAUGAGCCCCUGAAUAUGCCAUCAAACUUGACCCCUGCUGUCAUUUAUUUGGCUAUCUUCUGUUUUAAAGUACACCCAUCCAAGCAUUGUUGCCUUUAAACUUUCAGGAUGGCCCUUGUCACUAUUACAUUUUUAAGAUUAUGAAUAUGUCAUGCCAUAACUAGUUGAUACUGUAUCCUGCAAACACUGAGCGUAUGUCACUGGUCAUAUUUUCUCUGGGAAACUUAACAUUUUACAGUUUUUUUAAACUCUGCUUUUAAAUUAUUCUACCAAUUAUUAAUAAAUAAUUUGUUAGCUCUAUCACCUACCUGUCUAAAUUUUCUUAACCAAAGAUGGAGACUUUGGUCACCAACUUUUGUCCCAAUAUCCCAAAGCCCAGUGUCUUGAUUUAAGCUCAUCUUUUAUGGCUCAUCUGUGGAAACGGUCUAAAUUUUCUCUUAACUGUAAGUGCAAAGGUCUCAACAGUCUGAUGGUUCAUUAAAACUUCACAGCAUGUUCGCAAAAGAUAGUGACACACUCCCAGUAUUUCAUUUAUGCCUCAAAACUAGCUUUUUUUUCAGUUUAUUGGUCAGUUUCUCUAUAAUUAAAAAAGUUGUUUGUAAUCGUUUGUGCCGUACAGGUCGAAAUGUACUCCCACAUAAACAUCCUGUAGGCAGAAAGCAGAAGCUUCAUAUCUGUACACUUCAAACCUGAUUGUGAUUGAUUGACUGUGAUUACAAUUCCACACACUCUCACUUUGCUUUGGAUUUUUUUUUUUGCCUAUUUUUUUUGGAAGACAUCAUAAAUACUGGUAUGUGUGGCAGAUCAUGAUACUGAAAUGGAUUGUUUUGCCUGUGGCGCUGAAACAAUAAAAGAAUGCUUCUAAGCUGGGAAGGGUUAGACAAUUUCACUGAGAAUCAACUCAUCAGUUCUGAUCUGUGAGGCAUACAUAAGUGAUUUUUGUGCAGAUUUGCAGAGAAUUGCUCCCUCUGUGUGUGUGUGCCAAAACAAUGCAGUUUGGAUGAAUGAAUAAGACUCUCUGAAUUGUUCAGAGAUUUAAGCUUGAUGUUUUAAACAAUGCUUCGCUCAUUUUAGAAGUGAGCACUAGGAAAACUCUUCUUUUCCCUCCUGUAAACUGAAUUUAAGUGCCAGAAAAUUUAAAUCUUAUUAUAUUUGACUAAAGUUUUAUGUUUUGUUGUAUAAUUUUUGUCUGUCAUUCUUAUAUUCAGAUCUGUAGAUGCUUACAGACUUACUAGAGGCGAAGGUCAGGACAAUAACAUCAAAAGGCCUUCAUACUUAAGUCAGCUUUGGUAAAAGACACAGAAAUGAUUAUGCUGAUUUAACAAGGGAGAGAGAGAGAGAGAGAGAGAGAGAGAGAGAGAGAGAGAGAGAGAGAGAGAGAGAGAGAGAGAGAGAGAUGAACAACAAAUUAUUAACUCACACCAUCCAAGAUGACACACAACAGCUUGUAGUAACCAUCUGCCACUCAAGCACCCACGCCUUUAUUUUGCAGGCCUGAUAAAUCAUAUUAGUGAGUCAUAAAAAAUAACAACUCCUUGUUUGGUAGUAAUGAAAAUAGAAAGUUGUUCCAAACUGUUUCUGUAUGAAGCUGAAAGUGGGUUUGUUUUGUCUGAUUUACUGGCUUUCAAACUUGCUGCAAGUGGCCUAAUGAGGGACUGCUGGAACUGUAGUUUUUAGCCCAGUGUUGCUGCUUUACAAACACAGUUCUUAAUGUGUGAAUUGAUAAUGAAAUGCUGAUAAAACACAGAGAAUUUGAUUUUUACAUUGAACAAGGAGGCAGCUUUUAUUGAGCGGUUCAACGUAAAGAACAUAUUUAUGAAUUGGAGUUUGUCUUUAGGUCACCUUGGUUACUUUGUUGACACGUUUUCCACAUUUAGCGUCAGCAGUCCAUUAGAGGUCCUUUAUCAAUCAGCAGGCCCAUAAUGUCUGAUCGCUCAUUGGUUGCAUUAUUUAUAUCUCCACAGCUCAAGACAGCUCUCUUUGAUGAUGACUCACACAAAAUAAACACACUGACCACCUGUAUGUGUUUGUGUGUAUCUAUAGUAAACUUGUGCUAUAAGUAAAAUCCAGGUUAAUGAACCGGCUGACCUGGAGUUGUUGUUUCAGCCCUCUGAUCCGAUAAGAUCUGAUGCGGAUUUUGGGCUCAGUCCAGCUCAGGUCUAUUUUAGGUUGGCAUCUAAUGCCAGAAGUAGCCUUUGUCUUAAGUGAUGUACCAGUUUUAUUUGCAGGUAUCUUGAUACCAACAAUUGGUAUUUUUACUCCACAUUACUCUCUCAUGCUGGAUUGAUUGCAGCUGUGAGACCAUCGAUACACAGUAGAGAGAUGGAGGGAGAUUGAACGGUCUCAUAUGUUUUAUCAGUUCUUUUUUUUUUUUUUGCCACAAUCUGAAGACACUCAAAUGUCAUUCAAUAAAGUUUUUUUUAGUAACAGAUAAUAUAUGCCGCAUCUUAUAAUGCAUUAUUAGCACAUUUAUAAAGCCCUAUAAAUAGAUCUAUAAUGCUUUAUAACCAUCCUUAAAAGUGAUGUUAAGCAUUUAUAACGGCUUAUAGCAAUCUUCAUGAAGUGUUAUAAUUACUGGAAAUAAUGCCUUAUUAAGGUUUAUGAUGUAUCAUACCUCAGUGAAAAAGAAUGUUAUUUCUGAGUAUUUUUGUCUGAUAUUUUACUUACAGCCACAAAAUACUCUUUAAGUUUUUAGAAAUGUGUUCAUACGAUUUCAAAUAAGCUGAGACAGCGUUUUCACUUUACUUAAAGCUCCCUAAGUUUUGGAGUAGCAUGCUGUGAUUAUUAAUGAGAUAUUUUCUAAAUAGAAAUUAUCACUUUUUGAUGAUAUACUGUUACUAAACCCAGAAUUUAACAGUUGUUAGUUUUGCAUUAAGGUAUGAUGGAUUAUAAUAAUCCACACUGUCAUAAGGCAUAAUGUUCACUGCUUAUAACACUUCAUAAUCAUUGCUAUGAGCUGUUAUAAAUGCUUAUAAUUACUAAGAAGGGUGCCCAUAUGAAGUUAAACCUUUUUUUGUCAGGGCCAUAAUUUUAAAGUCCAUAAAAAAAAUAAAUAAAUGUCAACAUCCACAAUGCAGCCUAAAGAUACACCCAUCCAUGCAUUUACGCCUGAGGAGGAGGAGAGUGAGUGUGUACAAAUGACUGAGAGGGACUUAUCUCUUGACUCUCUGGCUCUGCUGUUGUUGUUUCAUCGGUCUCCACUAGAGGGAGUGUGAGCUCACUCUUUCCCUUUAUUACUUGAUUAUGAGUGUGUGACACAGUAUUAAAUCUGUGUUAUGGACCCCAGGAGAGAUAGGGGCGCAAUUAGAAAGUGGAUCACAGAGCUGGGUGGGAAAAAGAGAUUGAGGACACCUGUUGACCUUUGUUACUACCCUCUACAAUUCCUUUUAAGGAAGGUAGUUGUAAUAAUAACACAUUUAGCAAAUAGAUUAACAGAUUAAAACUGUUUUAGUCUCACCUAUUUAAAGUGUCAGUAUCUGAUUUCUUGGAGGUUUCAGGUCAGUUGUUGUUUUUUUUUUUUUUUAAUGAGAUGGGAAAUAAUUUUCUAAUGUGGUGAUUUUGUGUGGUUUAUUUUUUUGAUAAAUUUCCUCCCUCCCACUCUCUGUUGAGGUACUUUUUACAAUAAUCUACUCCACUUCUAUGUUAUAAGGGAGUCAAACCAUCAGACCCUAUUUGUAGUUUUGUAGCAUAUUCUGUCAGAUCCAUUACAGAGAGAGAGUGAAAGAAAGAGAGAGAGAGAAGGAGAGGAGGGAGGGGGAGUUAGUCAAUUAAAAAAGGCAGAAGGGAAGGGCUAAAUGAAGAAACAGAAAAUGAGUGACGGGUGAGUGACACUGUUUCUGUGACAGGAAGGGAUAGAGCAGCAGGACAGAGAGAGUUAGCCUAAAAGAUACAGCUGAAGUGUGGGAGAGGUGUACAGAUAAUGUUUAAAAUUAUGUAGUAGUGAGGGAAAAACAAAGGAACUGAUCGUGGAGGGGAAGGUGGAAGAAGAGGGGAAGAUGAGUGUGAGGUGGGAGACAGAGGGACUCCAGACAGUGGGAAUUGUCUGCCUGGUGAUCAUGUUCCUCAAACUGAUGCACCUGCUGGGCCUGAUUGACAUCACAGAGACAGGUGAGGCGACCUGGGAGAGAGGCGAGGGAGAGGAGGAUGAAGAGGGUGACAUGAGACAAAGAGGCCGGUGCAAAGCUUUGAUUCUUUAAUUUACUUCAAUAUCGUUGUUGUUGUUGUUUACCCUGGUUUUUAGAUUUGUAGAGACAGUUAUACAAAGAUGCUCAUAAGAAUAAGAAAGUCAUAAGCCCGCUCAACAAAAUAUACACAUAUAUACUAUUACUUUAUUAAUAUAAUAGACUGAGGAUGGGAAUAUUCAACACCAAUGAUUGUCAACAAAUGCUCCAGAUAUUCCCACAUUAGAUUUUUUUUAUAAAUAGCUGUUCCUAAAUUCAAACUUAGCCUUGCAUUUUAGUUCAUUUUACACCCACUAACUAAAAAAUGUUUAUAAAUCACUUCUACAUACAUAUGUUUUAAUAUUUAUUCUGAAAUAGAUGUAACAAUUGAUGUUUACCUGCAACAAACUAAUGUUUGGAGUGUUUUGUUAUUUAAUUCUGUAAUAGUUAAAAAGUUUUUCCCCUUGAGUGUGUUUGAUCAACUUCAUGUGAAAUCAUGUUUAAGUUCUUAACAAUUUAAAUGUGUGAUUAAUUUAUUUUUAUUUUUAAUUGUACUUGAGACGAUGGCAGGUGUGUUGCUGUGGUCAGUUUGGGAAAAGUGGGUCUGUACAGUACUGUGCACAAACACAAGGACUGUUAAAACAUUAUGUUCUCAUGCUGUAUUAAGGCUUACUUUGGUGGGCAAAUCUGGGAGGAUCUGUAUUUUAGCUCUGUACAUUUGUAGGGAUAGUAUGAAGUAUGUCCGCACUCACAUGGAUGGAUGAAUGGCGUUUUACCCUCUCUCCCACCAUUCUGGUACCAAAGUUUUGCCAAUUUUUGACAGACAUGUACAGACAUUGUGAAAGAAUUUCCUUGCAAAUCUUGAUGGACUGAGUUCUCUCUUUCAUAUUUGUCUUAUUGGAUGGAUUUGCAAAGUGUUUUUCAACAUUUAAAGCUACCAACAAUAGAGAGUAGCUUUUAGAGUAAAUAACACCAGCAGACUUUUCCUAAACAAUUCAAUUUGUUAAUUUUUGUUUUCCUGUGAUGAAGCAAAUAACCAAUCAUAGUAUGGAUUUUCAUGAGGGGAGGCAAUCUGAUUUCAAAGGAGGCUCAUACCACUCCUUGCCACCCUUCCGCGACGCCCCUGCGUAAAUGAGGAUUAACAAACAACAAAGAUGUACUUGCAUUUGCAAACUUUGACUCAUAAUCUGAUUAUGAUAAGAGUACAUGAAAGUGCGUGCUAGUUAAUAGUGUAUUUAUAAGCAGAUUAUCAGCUAGACGUAUUUCAAAGUUCUAAAAACAUUACAGGACCUUGAGAAUUUCUAAGCCAGAUGACUGUUUCAAAGGUCAAGAGGGGGAAAUGUAUGCCUGAGAGCGCUCUAAUUAUGACUUGUUACAACUGCACAUUGUAAUCUGUUUGUGAAACAGCAAUGAUUUUCAGUUUCUAAAAAUCUGAGAUUAGUUGCAAUCGAGGUCAUAGGUCAUCGCCUGAUGUGUCCCUCUCACUCUGUGCAGGACUGAACUCUCAUUACUCGAAUGCGCGUUAGUGAAACUCCCACCACUGUGCUUUUUCUUCAUGUUAGUUUCACAGCAUAUCAUAUAUGACUGCUCUGCUGGAUGUUUGGUCAGAAUGUAACUGGAGUCUUUUUCCCCUGGACCACUUGCUGUCUCAUCAUAUAAACGUCCCAGUGAUUGAUCUGACUAUUUUCUUUUUGUUUUUUUCUUCCUCUUUCUAUCACUCUCACUCCUUCUCCAUGUGCUCUCUUUCACCCCAUCUUUGUCUCAACACUCCUCCUCCUCCUCUUCUCCUUGCUCUUUCCUCUCUUUGUAUAAAGAUGGUGAGUAUAAAAUCUCAACUAUGUCAAGAAAACUUCCCUCCUUUUCUUGAAAUUUGAAUGUUUUCCUUUGACCCAGUUGUGCAGUGCUUUCUCUUAUUGUGUGCGAACUUGAAACCAAUUAUGCUGCAACACAAUUUAUGGUAGAAAAAAAAAAGAUUUUUAUAAACUGUCAACUCCUGUGUUGGCUAAUACCUUUUUGUUUUAAGGAAAGAUUAUUGAACGUAACUUAGUACUUGUUUGGUGACAUCUCCGCCAUAAAGAAAGUACCUCCUCUUAUUUUCCCCCUAAAUUCGGUCUGCUAUUUUUCCUAAAUUGCACGCUUUCCAUUUGAUCUAUUACAAAUGCCUCCCUCCCUGCACUCAAUGUCUGCCCCCAUCCUUUUUUUUCCUGGUCAUCCUCCCUGCUCCACAUCUUUUUUCUCUCUUUCCUCCUUUUCCUCUACCCUUCUUACUGUCCGUCUAUCCAUCCUUCCAUUUCUGUCUUUCUCUCUUUCUCCUACAGACAGCAGCGACAGUGACUUGGAGCUGUCCACGGUGCGUCACCAGCCGGAGGGGCUGGACCAGCUGCAGGCUCAGACCAAGUUCACCAGGAAGGAGCUCCAGUCUCUGUAUCGGGGCUUCAAGAAUGUACGUACAUCUCCAGUACUCUAACCCUAUUACUUUGCUUUAAUUAGACACGAUUUCAUCUAAUAUAUGUCUUUUCUCCCUGUCUGGAACAGGAGUGUCCCAGUGGAAUGGUUGAUGAGGAGACGUUCAAGACCAUCUAUUCUCAGUUCUUUCCCCAAGGAGGUUAGAAGUUAGAUUUAUCUCUCCUUUCUUGUUCUUAGAGACUCAAUGAGAGUUUCUAGCUGUGAAUGGUUGUCUAUUUCUUAUUCUGAUUAUCAACAGUGUGUUUUAAAAUGAGUAAUUCCUUCACUCAAAGUCUGCCCACCAAUGGAAAAGGUGCACAAAAGGCUCAGAAAGUAUGGCAGAGAUUUAACAGUGGGAAAAGCCCUCACAGAUUUGGCGGGAAUGUGCCUCAAAAUUAGUGAGUGAGUAAGUGUGGACAGUGAGAUGGAGCCUAAAACAAGAAGUUUAAAGAGACAUGAAACACAAAAUAAAACAGGGGGCACUUGAACAAAAUUCAUGACAGGAAACAAAGAGAACAAAAAGGUACAAAACUCAGUGAAAGCAACGAAGUAAAACAAGGAAAAUACAAAAUUACUAAACAAAAACAACUCAGGACACUCAAGUUUGGUUUGGGGGGUUUCUACUUUAUAAAAGUUACCAAAUAAAAGCGCAGAAAUACUUCAGUGAAGUAAACCACACUCUUCAUAAUGAAGGUAUCAAACAAGGAGAUAGGAGGAAAAUUUGCACCUGAGUGAAAUCACUUCAAUCAUUGGAUCAUAUUUCAUCACAUGCAGCAGAAGUCCUGGGGAAGGUCUAGUAUUCUGAUGAGUUAAGUUGAAUGUAACCCUCCUCACAAGAAAGACAGUUCCAUGCAUUGCACUAAAUUUAUGACCUUGACUCCUUUGGUCCACAGAUGCAACAACCUACGCUCACUUCCUCUUUAAUGCAUUCGACAUCGACAGGAACGGGUCAAUCCGCUUUGAGGACUUUGUCAUCGGUCUGUCGGUGUUGCUCCGAGGUUCAGUCACCGAGAAGCUCAACUGGGCUUUCAACCUCUACGACAUCAACAAAGAUGGCUACAUCACCAAAGAGGUUUGUUAUAGUAGAGGUGACUGGAAACCGGUACUUGUAAUUCAUAUAUGUCUUCCAACACAACUCUUUCUGGAAUUGACUUGUGCAUUCUGACAGGAAGUGAGAGUAGGAAGUACAGCAAGAGUGCAGGCUAGAUUCAAACAGCUGCAGGUAGCUGGAGGAUAAAAUCAAGAGAAAAUAAUGUUUUUAAAGUCAGACAGACUGCUUUAGAAAAAUGAGAAGUAGAUCUAUAACUCCUUAUUUUUGACCAUUUUGUUUUCAGGAGAUGUUAGCCAUCAUGAAGUCAAUCUACGACAUGAUGGGGAGAUACACGUACCCCUGUGUGCGAGAUGAAGCUCCAUACGAACACGUGGACAAGUUCUUCCAGGUUCUCAAACACACAAACCAAAGAAACUCAAACACACUGAGCCACAUUUCAUUUUCUUAAUAUCUGCAAACCGGAGUUAAAAAACGAAGCAUCUGCAAAAGCUCCUGGUAAGGUCCUGACUUGUUUUUGUCUGUUUGAUGUUUUUACAGAAAAUGGAUAAAAACAGAGACGGUGUGGUGACAAUUGAAGAGUUCAUCGAGACCUGUCAGAAGGUGACUGUUAGCAACCUGCUACACACAUAGACACACGCACGCACGCAUGCACACAUACUAUUGCAAAACAUAACAAUUGCUCAGCUUCGCAAAUACAACAUGUCAAGGUUCAGUGUCAGUGUAAGCAUGGUGUCACUGUUUAAUCAGAUGCUGAGUCAGAUUAUCACAUGGGGUGGGUAAUGCACAUGACUCACUUUCCCAUCAUUCUCUUGCAUCAUCCAAACCCUACCCUGCUUAUUGUGGUUCCCUUUUUAACACUCAGCUUCAUUUUUAAGUGUUAUAUCCUUUUUUAUUUUCAAACCCCUUUCUCACAAGUUUUCUUAAAAACUCUCCAAUCUUUUUAAUUCCCUUGAGGGAACCUUCCCAAAAUGAUCAAUAAAGUUAUAUCUAAUCUAAUCUUAUUUUAUCUAAUUUAAUCUAAUCUUAUAUUAAUGCAUUGACAGAAGCACCAGGGUUCAGAUUAUUGGCAGAACAAUGGAGAGUAAGAGUAGAGUAAGAGAGUAAAGGCAGAACAGCACUUAAUUGUUGGUUUUUUUUGUUGGCUGGAGUUAUCAAACUCACUCCUACUGCUUUCACACUUGAGUUAAUGAAACUGAAAUUGAAAUUCAGUCAAUGUCGGCGCCCCCUACGGACGAAGCAGUCUCUGCCCGUUUUUUUCCUCUAUGUGCUUUGGUGUCUUCUGACAUAAAAUCCCAUCCUGCUGACUUAUGGCGCUCAGAUGUGUAAUUUAUUGUUAAUAUUGUUUGUGGAAAGUGUAAAACCAGGGCCGCCUCAGCUGCUUGGCUGACAUCUAGCCCCUCACAGUGGAUUCAGGCAUUAAAAAUCACAGUAUAAAAGUAGGCUAACUUUUUAGUGACGGUUUUGCUUGCUUUUGUUUGUCAUAAAAAGGCAUCAAUGUAAAUUUCAGUGUAUUUCAUAAACAUAAAAAAAUUCCUCAUAGAAGCUUUAAUUUGACUACACUCCAGACAAAAACAAACAUUUUCAUCUUGAAGUCAUUGUCAACUCUAAUCACACAGUCCUUUUUGUCCAGUUAAAAAACUAAAUAUGUUUCACGCUGCAGUUAUUUUUAGAGUUUGACUGUUGUUAUAGUUCAGCUCAAUCCACAUUUCUUUUUUCAUCUAUUUAUUUCUUUGAAAAUGUAAAAAGUACAUUUGUCAAUAAAAACUGAAGUAAUCACUGACCAUACACGUGCACAGAAUGUCCAUUAGUAUUUGUUUUGUGAAACCACAUAAUUAAGAUGUUUGGCUCAACAGAUUUUGUUGUUUGCAUUUGGCAACUAUGGCCUAACCUCUGAGAAUAACCUGGUUCUUAGCUGUAAUGAGUAGUUAUUACUUCCUGGCAUAAGCCUGAAAACUCAAACAUGUAUUUAGUCUUCAGCGCUGAUAAAAUCAUAAUUAACAUUUACGGUCUACAGAAAGAUCAACAUGUGAUGGAAAAUUGAAUGGGAAUUUGACUUGUUGCCCCUUGUUGUAGUUGUUACUGUUUCGGCAGAGAAUUAAAACAACAAGGCUUUGAGCGUUGACAGACAUAUUUUCUAUGACUUCAUAAAAACAUAAACAAGACACACUUAUGUUAUGUUUGGUCCUCCUGUGAACAUCUGUCAAGUCCUGACUCACGUGGAGGUCAGCAGAUAGUGAGAGAGAGUGUUGAGUUUGAGAUUCACCGUGAUGAAUGUUUGAUUUACCUGAAAGUCAAACAUGGGACCAUGAAACUCACGCAACUUUUGCAGCUGUUCAAACAUGCCUCUUCAAAAUACUGAAAAAAAGAAAAAUGAUUAAACUGCUCCAAACUCAAACACAAACCUUUUUUUUGUAAAUAAGACAAAAUUACACUAUCAUCUGAAAAAUACAGAAAUUCUUGCAUGCAGUAAUCUCAGAAUAUAAAGCUUUCAUCAGUAGCAAUCCCAAGAAAGGAAAAUAAAGCAUCAAAUCAGCACAUCUCAACUUUCUUUAGAGUAGCCUUUAAAACUACAGUGGCAAAGAUCUUCAGAAAAUAUUAUAUGCUAUUAUGAAAGUGGAAAAAAAGCAUUUUAUACACAUAAAUACUUAAUUGAUUGAUCUUUUUGUUUUUUUCUUUCAGGAUGAGAACAUCAUGAACUCCAUGCAGCUGUUUGAAAAUGUGAUUUAAGGAAUGAAGACUUUUUAUUUUUUCUUUGUAUUAACUCAUGUACACAUACACAUACACACACCCACACACACCACACCAUUCCAUACCUCACCUGUCAUUAUCACCUGACUUCCUGGUACAUAAUGUAGCUACUGUAGAGUUACAGGAACUAGAUGUCUUUUUUAUCUGCUCCUUGCUGUGCUCCUCUAGCCGUAUGUUGCUUCUGGAUUAAAAGGACUGCUGCAUACAGAGGAAGAGCCUCCUGGGUAAAAUCCUCAUCUAUCCAUGUAGUGUGUUUCUGUGUGUCCAACCAUCAUGAAGAAACAGAAGAGCCCCUUGUGUUUCCAUCGUCAGAUAAAAAGAGUCAACAAGGAAUAAAGAAGCUUACAAUAAUCCACUAGCCUGAACACUUACAUACACAAACACACACACACAAACUUAUUGUUUCUUCAAAAGUUUAUAGUGCACUGGAUAGAGAGAACAAAGAAUUAAAUUGACUCAAAAGAGACAUGAACUUAAGCAUGUUUGUCAUCAGAUAUGUCAUGUGGAAUUAGCUUGCACUACAGUUUUAUGACUUGUGUAUUAUAUGCGCCUAAAUAAAGGCACUGUAGAUACCUGCACCUGAUACACACCUGUGGAAACAGUGUGUAUGUAUAUAUGUAUAGUUAAUAGUUAUAAAUCCUACGUUGUAUUGGUCUCAUCUGUGCUGCACUGGGUUACAAAAUAGGACCUGAACUGAAUAUUUGUUUGAAGAAUAUCUGUUCAACUUCAUGUUAAAUCCAAGUUCUUCACAAAUUUAGAUGUAUCAUUAAAUAUUACUUUAUUUUCUUUUGUAUUUGAGACGAUGGCAGGUAUGUUGCUAUGGUCAGAUUGGGAAAAGUGGGUCUGUACAGUACUGUGCACAAACACAAGGACUGUUAAAACAUUGUGUUCUCACGCUGAAUUAAGGCUUACUUUGAUUCUUCAGCAUGCUGACUCUAAGUGCCACGGUAUUAUGAACAGUACAGUAGGACCUUUGUGAUGUGGGUUAAUUAAAGAUGCUGUUGACAGCUGUGA